CCCCUCUGGAAUGCCUCAUCGAGAAAAUAUGCCGGCUAUGUCCCCUUGGCUUGUCAUGAUCUUCCUUUUUCUCUCUCAUUUUCUCCACCUCUCUCUCUCUCACACACACACACCUCCUCCUCAAUUCCAGGCAGAAGCUAGCAAUGCACGGGAACGCAGAAGGGAGCCAAGGUUCUGCAUUUCGGCGCGCAAAAGCGAGGAAACGCCAGCGGCGGCUGCUGCGGGGAGCCGUAAAGUCAUUUGGUAGUUGUGGAGUAGAAGGAGAGCCCUUCGCCUUCCCGUGCGUUGCUUUAAAAAAAAAAGAAGGAAGCGUAGAAAGAAAGAGAGAGAGAAGGAGGAGAGAGAGAUUGUGUGAGAGAAGGGGAGUGUCUCUGUGGGGGGAGUAUCUGGGCGCGCGCGAGGAAAGUUGGCUGGACGUGGAGACGCAGCUUGGAGCGGGGAAACGACGCCGCUUCCCUGCCAAGCGAGUUCUGUGAGGGGAGCCAGAGGCGAGGAAGGGAGAGGAAGAAGAAGAAGGCGCCCGCUCGACCUCGGCAGCUGCAGCCUUUCCCUUUUAGAAGAAGCCUUCCCGGGCCGGACCUCGACGCCUCAGGCGACAACCGACCAUUGGCUGCGUCUGUGAGGUAAGGCACCCGGCGCGUCUCUCGCGCGCCUCUCCGGGGCGCAAUGGCGCCUCGACUUGGGGAAUGCCUUUGGCUCCCCACACACACGGGGGAGCAGCAGGGUGGGGACUUGCCGUCUUCUCGUGAAUGCUUGGAAGGAUCCAGAACCCUCCACAAAAUAAAGUGCCCCCUCCCCAGCCUUUCCAGGGCGCGCAUAUUUAGGAAGGCGAUUUUGUGACACUGUGUGGGGGAACCAAAUGUGGUUCUGGUGCUGUGGGGUCAGUUAGGGAACUCGGUUUCUCUUUCUCUCUCCUCCACCCCAUCCCCCCAAAAUCAAAUGCAGUGUUGCUCUUCAGCCCGGAGAAACGAAAAUAGAAUUGCAGCUUUAGGGAAGUGUACGUUGAAAGGAGCCCGCCCGUGCCAUUGUCCAAUCUAUAAACAGCCUCGGGGAUCUGAUCCUGGCACUCCUUCCACAAGCGCUCCCCUUGGAUUCCAGCACAGGGGGGCGUCAGAAGCCCAGGAUCGGGUCCUUGGUUAUGAGCUAGCUAGACGGGAGCUGCCGACCCAUGUUUUGUUUUUGAGGCUCGUCUUACAGUACAUAGUACAGUACUGAUGCAAUCCAAGGCUCUCUGCAAGGGGAAAUGUUAUGGAUGAGUCACAUAUAAACCACAUUCCCCAGGCUCCCUCCCUCAUUCCUUGUCUCCCAUACCCCUGCUAAAAGUCUCUAAAGGAUAUCGGUAUUAAAGUUGGAUGGCUUUGUGGAAAUAUUAAUUCUGAAUGACUGGAGCGGCGCCGUGAAACUCAGAAGCGACAGUAGUACUGGCUGCCCCUGGAAAAAAAUGAAACAAAAUGUGCUGAGACAGCAGCACAGCUCGUUUCUUCGAGAAAGGAUGCAUGGCAUUUUCUGGAGGAACUGCCCCCAAAUGUGGCUGUAGAAAUGUGCUGAGAUUUAACGGGCAGAUGCAAAGGUGAGUGAUCUGUAGCAGCUGUUUGCACGGCGGUUCUGUCAUUUUAUUUUAUUUUUUAGCUGCUGUUUCAGUCAGCGCUUCACUGUUCACAUUCAGCGUCUUCCCUUGCAGAGCACAAAAAAUCGCCGUUGCUAUUUUCAGAUCGUUUUGUGUCUACUGGCAGCUGGCAGCAACAGGAUUAGCUUUGUUCCAUAUCAUCGCAAUGGUUUUCUUUUCCUGCACAAUUGUAAAUGCUGGUUCUUUCCUUGGUGAGGUAGAGAAGGAAAGAGAUUUUGGUUGCCAGUGUGCAGCUACCCACAUUUAGAGAUAGCAAAUAGGCAACAACCCAUUCCUUGCAUUCCUGCUCAUGCAAAAACCUUUGUAACACUUGCAAUCCGAAGUUCUAUCCAGCCAUUAGAAUAUGUGAAUGAAUAUAUGUGAGCGAUUAUAUAUGAGUGCUGAUAAAAUGCAGGGUAUUAUCUGUUCUUAAAAGAAGAAAAAAGCCUGAAAUUCUGCAUCAAGAAAAGCUGAAUUCUGCAACUUGCAUAAAAUUAAGGAAAUUAAGGAAAACUGAAUGGUUGUCUAGAGAGAUGUUGCUGUAAGUCUUUCGGAAUACACCUUUGUGGGAGGAGACAGACCCACAAAGAGAAAAUACAAGCCUUUACAGCUUGAUGCCUGCCCUUGUGGUCCAUGACAAAAGAGAAAAAAGAAUUCAGUGAGCCUGUGAGGCUCAUCCACAACUAACCACCCCAGCAGAGUAGUUAGAAAGUCUGCUGGGAAAGAUGCAGAAAGGUAGGGGAGCUGUAGGAGAAACUGACUAUCUCCACUGGCUUCUCCCUUGAGAAACCAGAUCCCUCAACAAACUAGUGCAUCUUGCCUGACCUUUCAAAGGAGCUGGCCUUUCCUUCUUGACUGACCUCUGUUGGAGCCGUGGCCCUGCCCAAGCAAACUCAGCACAACCUCUUUCCAAGUCAGCCAUCCUCAGGUGUUGAGGAAAUCAUUCAGUGACGGUGCCUGAAUACUGGGGUUGGAAAAUGUAAGGCAGACAAAGGGCAAAACCCUCCCUGUGAGAGAAAAGAGGGAGAAGAAAUUCUUGCCUGCAUCCCUACCCAUGACGCUUUCCUACCUUGGCCUAAGGAAACACGAAGUCACUUUGUCUCAGCCCUCUCAGAUGGUCACUGAAGCCUUUCCCCCAUGACCACUGGGAAUCUCAACUCAGAAUUUCUAACUUUUGCAAUUUCAUCAAGCUUUGCCCACCUACUUUCAAGACCAGUGCUAUUUUUCUAGAAAAAGAGGUUCUGGAAGUCAUCAUGAAUGCCUCCCUCGUUCUCUUAGAACAUGGGUAGGCAAACUAAGGCCCAGGGGCCGGAUCCUGCUCAAUCGCUUUCUAAACCCAGCCGUGGAUGGUCCAGGAAUCAGCAUGUUUUUACAUGAGUAGAAUGUGUCCUUUUAUUUAAAAUGCAUCUCUGGGUUAUUUGUGGGGUUUAGGAAUUCGUUCACCCCCCCCAAAUAGUCUGACCCCCUACAAGGUCUGAGGUACAGUGGACCGGCCCCUUGCUGAUAAAGUCUGCUGACCCCUGUGACUUAGAAGGCAAUGGCGCCCACCUGAGAGGUCCCAGAACACAGUUUUGCUGAGUUCCAGCUGAAAACAAAGCUCUCUUCAAGACUAUGUUUGAAACUUUAAAAAUAAUUAAACCUGAUCCGCCCCCGCCCCCUGCCCAGCAUACUUCAAUGGUCUUUCAUGUUCUCCCUUUCUCUUAAUACCAGAACUCUGAGUGAUCCAGAGAAACCAAUUGGCAGAAGAUUCAAGGCAGACAAAAGAAAGUACUUCUUCACAGAGAACCUAUCGAAUUAGCUAGCACAAGUUGAGGUUGUGGCCAGUAGCUUAGAUGGCUUGAACUGGAAAGUGGGCAAAUUUAUUAUUCUAUAAAUAGUUACUAGAUAGGAUGACUUAAAUGCAGUUGACAGAUUUCAGAGGUGGUUUGAUUCUGAGUACCAGUUGCUAGGAGCAACAUCAAGAGAACAUGAGAAGAGUCUUCUUGCCGCUGUAGAAAACAGGAUGCUGGAGUAGAAGGACCCUUGGUGUGAUCUGAUGAAGCUCUUCUCAUGUUCCUACACAUUUGUUGAGAAUAGUAGAAUAAACAGCCUUGAGAAUAGGUACAAAAUGCAGAUAAUAAGAGGAGGUGUCAGGAUGACCUCCCAAAGAAAUGAUAUUAAAAUUCCUUUUUAAGGCAUGGGGCCCAUCUAGCAAACAUGUUUCACUCCGGUGUAAAAGAAUGGGAUGCAAUUUGUGGAAAGGUAUACAGGUUGGCAACACUUGGUGAAAUCUCAAAAGCCAGAGCAUUUCUGAGCUGGACUUCCAGAGAUCAGGCAACAAGGCUUUAGUGGGCACCUGAGGCGGUUGGGAAUUCUCUAGCCCAGGGCUUGUUUAAAGCUACUUUUGUCUGGGGUGCCAAAUGAUCAGUAUUAUUAUUACUACUGCUGCAAGUCACUCGGUUAAGUAGCUUAGUUACAGAAAGCUUUCAUAAGCACAAUGUCUGCAUCAAUUGUGGGUUUAAAAUGUAGCUUGCUAACUGGGGUGUAAUUGCAGCUGUUCCUGUAAGAGAGAGUUUGGUGCUGAUGGAAACGGAACGGUAAGGAGUCUGUGUGUAUUCAGGCAGGCUGUUUAGCAGCACAAACAUAUGCCUGUUUACUCAGAAUGGAAUCGGGUACAUUGUGUUCAGUGGAGGUUACACUCAGAUAUGUGUGCAACAUUAUUAUUCAAAAGUGCAAGUUAGCAAUAAAUGUAAUUUUUCUAUAAGAUGGUUACCUCUAUUUAUUUAUUUUUUAUUCACACAGUUGGAGACCCACAAAAAAGUAUAGGGGUGAAAGGAGAUUUGCUCCUUUGCUGUGUCACCCUGCUCAGCUUGGAGCUUGGGCUUAGCUCAAUUUUUUAACCAAGACCCACUUCCCAGCCCAGCAAGGAGUCUGGAUUCCUUCUUCCUUCACCUUCCUGGUCCUCUGCUUCCUUGCUGCUCAGCUUGGAGCUGGGGCUUGGCUCCAGGGCUGUGCUCUCCCAUCCAGCAAUGGAGAUGAGCUAUUGUGCCCCUUCUCCUGUGCCCAGACCCAACAUGACUUUUUAAAGGCCUUGUGUAAUCCAGCGGAAAGCAUGAUAUGUGAGCCCCCCAACUCAGCUAGCAUAGAUUCCCCUUCUGUGUGUAUGUUGCCUUCAGGUGCUGGGAUCUCAACAGACUGGAAGUAAGUAAGCAUGACCGCACAUUUAUCAUAAUACAGGUAAAACCAGCAGUUUCCAAACCAUCAUUCUGCAAUACUAUUUUGUCAUAAGCAACCAUAGUCAAAUUUGGUCCAGGUUAUAGGUUUACAGCAUCUGUCAUCAUCAACAAAACCUCCUCAAAGUGAAUGGAAAUAGACAACCAUGUACUGUGUACCAUCUUAAGCUCCUUUCUUUCCCUGACUUGGGAUACUGUAGUUUGUACUAGACUUUUUACCCUUCACCCCCUGCAAGUGGCUGGUGCUGCAUCUUGGAUUAAUGACUUUUCAAACAUGUAAGAUGAAUUUUUGUUCAAUUUUGUAAGAGAGUAAAGCUGUUCAGGUUUGGCAUGGGCUAGCUACUCUCCAAAAAAGUGGUCUUGAGUAUAUUGUAUACUUGGACCAUCUUCCAGCUCUAAUUAGGCCAAUAUGUAUUUGUUGAGUAUGUGUUGGUCUUGAGCAGAUUUCUGUUGUCUACCCUCCAUUGACUUCUCUGCAUUGGGAAGGAACCCUGUAUAUUGUGGACUCUCCCUCCUUGGAGGUUUUUAAGCAGAGAUUGGAUGGCCAUCUGUCAUGGUUGCUUUAGUUGAAAUUCCUGCAUUGCAGGGCAUUGGACUGGGUGACCCUCUACAAUUUUAGACCUCAUAAGAAGUACAACAGAUUUUAAAGUGUUUCAAGUUGAAGAGCAAACUUUCAGCUGUCAACAGUACUUAUUAGCUAGGACGUUCAGGCCAUUCAUCUUAAUAUUUAGCAUGCUCCCGGAUGCUCUAAAUUGUCAAAUGCUUGAUGGGAACCCUCCAUUAGCUUUCUCCGUUGUCGUAUGACUUCUCAUAGCAUUAUAUAGGAUGCGUGUGGCGCUGUGGUCUAAACCACUGAGCCAUUUGGGCUUGCCGAUCAGAAGAUCAGCAGUUCGAAUCAGCAUAACGGAGUGAGCUCCCAUUGCUCUGUCCCAGCUCCAGCCAACCUAGCAGUUCAAAAGCACACCAGUGCAAGUAGAUAAAUAGGUACCACUGCGGCGGGAAGGUAAACAACGUUUCUGUGCGCUCUGGUUUCCGUCAUGGUAUUCUCUUGCACCAGUUAAGUCAUGCUGGCCACAUGACCCAGAAAACUGUCUGUGGACAAACGCCCACUCCCUCGGCCUGAAAGCGAGACAAGCGCUGCAACCCCAUAGUCACCUUUGACUGGACUUAACCAUCCAGGGGUCCUUUACCUUUAUAGCAUUAAGAUUUACCCACUGCUAGAAGUGAGAUGUUGACAUGAAUCAACCACUGAGCUGAUGUAGCGCAGUCAUUUCCCUCUCUUUCACUGCAAGAUCUCAAUUCAGUCAGUCAUGCAAUCCUAAAGACGCUUACACGGGAGUAAGUCCCGCUCAACACAGUGGGACUUUCUUCCAAUUGCACUAUUAGUUCCACUGAAAAUAAUGAGAUUUGGACAACAGAGAGUAUUGCAUUAUCUUGAAGACUUACACAGAUUUAUUGGGACAUGAGCUUUUAUGGCUAGAGCCCAUUCUGUCAGAUGCAUGAAUUGUUAUCCUCUGUUGGCAGGCGCUUACAUGGAUAUGGAGAAAAACAGAUGUAAUCAGUGGGGCCAAAAAUGGGAUGUAAGUUAAUAACUAACUUUCCUUGGGUUUCAAGUGAGACUUAGCUGUGAGCUUCUUCAUGCCUGGCACUUUUACUAUGUGAAAAUAAUCUACAUGUCGGAAAAGGGCAUUGGUGAAGACCCACAAAGUACCCAGCAAUUUCCAAGUUUUCGGAAAUUUUAGGUUCAGCUGCAGGUCCCAUUUACUCUUCUAUGGGGUUUUUCAUAUUCUACAGGAACACACUCCUCAUAACCAGCAGAUGCAGGCCUCGGAAGAGCACAUAGAUUGGCAUUAAGUCUAGGAUCCAUUCCACUACCUCAGUAAGAUCACCCAGCAAGUACAAUGAGGCUUCAUAGUAAUAUAUCAGGUCUUGUCCAUUGCCUGAAAUUUUAGGAGUACAUGACACAUUGUACAGUGGUGGUUUUCAUUUCACAAGUCAUAUAAAAAUAUAUCUAUGCAGUGUACAAAAUAUUGGUUGAAACCAAAACAGCAUAACAUAAAAUCAAAGCAAAAUACCUUAUUGAAUCAGGAUUAUAACAUUGGUAAUUGGACAAGAAGAUAAUAAAAAUACAUACUUUUCAUAAGACGUCUUGCUAAAGUAACCAGCUCCAUUGUUGGUGCCUAAAACUCUCUGUGGAUGGGUAGCGCAUAUCAUAAACCUGGCAUCGCCACACAAAACACACCAUUUCUUGUUAAGGAGAGUCUGACAUUACAAGGGAACAUUUACAUAUUUAUUUCAGAAGACUCCUUACCUACCCUUCACCAUAAGGUCCCAGGGUAGAUUUGACGAAAAUAAUAUGCAGUUAUAAAACAUAAGAAACCAUUACACAAUGACUGAAACAAGUAAAAGAGUUCCAAAUGGAACAGAACAGUAUAGAUUCAGCAGAAGAGAUGUCCCACAAAACAAAUAACUCAAAUGCCGCGAUAAGCAUAUGCUGAAAGACAUGCAAAACAGGCAUAUAAAAGCCUAUUGCAAUCUUUUUUUAUACAGUCAACAACUAAAUAUUCUUGCUUACCCUUCUUGUAGACGUGUCAAUGCAGUCUGUGUGUGUGUGUGUGUGUGUGUGUGUGUGUGUGUGUGUGUAAAAGAGGGAGUGCACAGCAUUGUAACUAAGGAGGAGUCUUCACUCAGACUGCAUUUUCGAACCUCUAUACAGUAUCCACAUAAAAGACAGGAAGAACAGCUAACUUCAAAUAGGCAAAAUGAGGCUGAUGGGUUUUUUGAGUGUAUGUGUUAUUUCUAGCAAAGCUUCCCUUUUCAACAAAAUCCCCUCUUCCCCUCAUGAAAAUGAAAUUCCCCUCAAUUUAUGGAUGCUGGCUCUGUUGCAAAGGAGGCAGACAGAUAAUAGCCCAAAUGCUAACCGUUGAAAGUGCAGGGUAGCCCAUGAAUGGUGAUACGGGACCUAUCCUAUUAUAUGGGAUAUAAUAUAUGCACAUUACAGACAGGCAAAUUGCUGAGACGCUAUCCUGAAACACAAGUGCCAACUAGAAGGGAGUGUCCUCUCAAAGGAAUGUGUUGGCCUCUUAACCACUCACUUGCUGUUCUGCAUGAAAUGACAUCCUGAGUUAAAUUACAGUACUUAACAACUUGGCGGUAUUGUACGUUUUCCUGCACUGUUAGGAAGAAUUCUACUUCUGCAUUGCAUGUUACCAGCUGUCAGAAUUACCGCAAUUAUGAUUUGCCCAAAAGAUGCUUUACUUAUUGAAAAUGAUUCAAUAUCAGAUAUAAAACUUUGGGUAAGACGUAACAGUUCAUCAGUUGAGUCUUCCAAGGGGUGUGUUAUAUAGGCAUAUAUGGCAUUUCAUUACGAUUUUAGCUGUACAGAGCACUGUACAAUUGUGCAUCCUUCUAAGGAAGGCAGUCUCUUCACAUUUUGCAGAUGGGAAUCUAAGGCCAAACAUAGUGCUGUGAAUGGAAUUCACAUGGGUCUGUAGUUGAUUUGGGGUUUGAGCCGACAUCUGCUAGGUUAUAUUACAUCGUUUUCGUUGCAAAUUGCUACUUUCUUGGAAGAGCAUGUUUGUUGUUUGCAUCGUUACCACAGAACAAACCAUUUGUGUUGGGACUCAGCAACUCCUUCGACCCAUUGUGCCAUUUUUGCAGUGGCUUCCUCUAAACUGGGUCUUAGUAUCCAAAACACUACUCUGUGUAAUGCAUUCACUUUCAUUUGCUGAGACACAAAUGAAAUGUGUAAAAUAGGAAAUGCCUGCUGUCCCUUGAAAUGCACUGCAAUGCGCUCUGGGGCUACGCCCAAGCCUGGACUGGAGGCCCCAAGCAAAAUGCUGCAGUUAGACCAUUGCAAGGGCAAGACUUCUAAUGCCACCGUGGGACACGGGUGGUGCUGUGGAUUAAACCAUAGAGCCUAGGACUUGCCAAUCAGAAGGUUGGCAGUUUGAAUCCCCGCGACGGGAUGAGCUCCUGUUGCUCGGUCCCUGCUCCUGCCCACCUAGCAGUUCGAAAGCACGUCCAAGUGCAAGUAGAUAAAUAGGUACCACUCCGGCGGGAAGGUAAACGGCGUUUCCGUGUGCUGCUCUGAUUCGCCAGAAGUGGCUUAGUCAUGCUGGCCACAUGACCCGGAAGCUGUACGCCAGCUCCCUCGGCCAAUAAAGCGAGAUGAGCACCGCAACCCCAGAGUCGGUCACAACUGGACCUAAUGGUCAGGGGUCCCUUUACCUUCACCUUAACUGAUGCCUAAAAGGUUGCACUCGCUGUCCAUAUGUAGGGUUGCCGUACAGUGCCUAGGCAGCAGUCGCUGAAAUGUCCAGGAACCCAUGUCAUUAGUGUCAUUUCUGACAAUUUCCCUUUAGAGUAGCUCAAAAACACUUCAAUUUUGGGGUAAAAGUCAAAAAAGCUCAACAACUUUUCUGUCCAGAUUUUCACUUUUUGAAAUAUGGCAACCCUACCACAUGUUACCAGAAACUUCUUAGGUUAAACAGUGUAUAAAUGGCUACAACCAUUUCUUGGUUUUCUCUGUAUUUGUGCAGUGCCACCGAUAAUCUGGCUAGUCCCCAGUCUUCCAUUUGGACUAAUAAGGAUAAUCAAAGGGCAACAUUGGUCUUUGUGUGGCUGGAGGAUAUUGGGGGUGAUCUGAAGAAGCCUUUAUCUAGAAAUAAAGCUGUUUGUACAUUCCAUCCUGUUCUUUCUGUUUAGAAUUUCGUUUGAUUAGCAAUUCGUUUUUCAGUUUAAAAGAGUAGUGUAAAAUUCAUAGUCUGACAUCAAAGGUUGCUUUCAGUAUUCACUUCAAGGUACAGUUUAAUUCUCUUUUUUUAAAAAAAAAAAAAGCCUUUGGGGACAUUUCUCAAGAAAGUGAUGGCAGAACAGCAGAAAUAGUCAGUUUGUAGCUUUGACAGCCUUUUUCAAACAACGAAGAAUAGGCAGCAGCGCAGACUUACCUUAAUUUGAAAACAUAAUAGAAUGGAGUCUAAAUUGAGGAAUGCCAAAGGAAUGUUGAGAGAGAGAGAGCUGCAGUUGCAAUCACAUUGGUAAAGGAAAUGUGAGGUAUUCCAGCUGUCAUCAACAGCGCUGGCCCAAGACAUUUUGCCACCUGAGGCACACCACAAAACGACUCCUCCCCUCACCAGGGAUCGAGGGUUGAGGGAAGAUCUGCAUUGGGAACAAGGGUGGGUGUGUGGAAUAAAAUCCUACACUAGGAACAAGGGGGUGAGUAAAGAUCUACAACUGCAACGAGGGAGGGGGAAAUCAAAUCAACCUUACCUGAUGGUUGAAGAAGGAAUCAAAGGUGGUCAUGGGCAGGGGCGUCUUACCCAUGUUACCGGAAAAAUCCAAGGGCUCCCUUGGACAAAAACAAAGACACCAACCAGGAUAACUUGGAGCAAAACAGCAGCCUGUAGGCUUGGCCUUUAUUGAACUGUUGCAACAGGGUGUUCCCCUCACUUGCAGGAGAGAGGAAAGACACAGAAAAAUGGUAUGCAAGGCCUUAUAAAAACUUUUGAAAUUCCCAUCCUGUAGGUCAAGCCCACCCCCAGAAACAUCAUGCAUACAUCACAGAAAGGAGGGGUUGAGGGAGGGGUGGUGGUGGUAACCUGAGUGUCCUGUCACCUGGCUGGUUCCCUUCUCCCCCUCCCCAUGAGUCAUUUUCAGAAGACAAAAGUUUCCUGCCCCCUGAGGGGGAAUCCAAUCACUGUUCUUUUGUUAUAGUCCGUGUUGAAUCCACUCGUGUAUGCAGUCCGUUGUGUUGUUGAUGGUCUUCUGUCUGAGACCAUCAGGGUUGGCAUAGCAACUGGGCAGGGCUCCUGUGGAUGUGCUGGUAUGCUCAAGGGAUUAUGGUGGCCUGUAUCAAACCUUCCCCAUUUUGUAGUCCUUCCUUCAUGGAGUAAAAUAAAAGUGGAACAGUGCAAAUCCAAUGUAUGGUUGAUUUUCUAUGAAUUUAUAACAGAAGCGUAGUGUAUGUAGUGUGUGAGUGUGAGUGUGUGUGAAGUUUGUAGAAACUGAAUGAUUGGGGGGGGGGGUUUCCUGCUACACCCAUAGAGGCUAGUGGUGUGGGGUGCCAGGGCACCAAGUUCUGGAGGGCACCAGGGAAGAGGCGGAAGCUGGACGCGGCGCCUCCCAGCAUCCGCUCACCGCCCUCGCCUGCUGUAGCGUGCCGAAGCAGCGCCACACCCGGAGCCUCCAUCUGCCAUGGCCACCGCGGCACGAAGUGGCCAGCUGAGCCGGAAGGCGCUGUGUCCAGCCUCUGCCUCUUCCCCGCCGGAGGAACUGCCCUCCGGCCACUGCCCGCCUCCUCCAACCCUGCCAGCAGCGCCGUCCUCCCUAAAAAACUCUGGAAAACAGGGGGGCCACCCGAGGGAGCUUUGCACCAUGGCGCCGGAUAUGCUUAAGACGGCCCUGGUCAUGGGGGAGAAAGGCGUUCACUCUGAAUCGGCUGGGUGGGUGCAGAGCCCAGGAGACCCCAGAGGGCAGCCCCUGCCAUUCCUCCCUAGGGGUGUGAGCAGACCAUCAGCUCCUCCUAUUCUCCAAGAGGCUGCUGUAGAGGCAGAAUGGGGUGCUGUUGCCAAAGAGGUGGCAGAUCCAGUCUCCAAGGAGCAUUCUGCAGCCAUUUUUGCUUUUGCUGCAACAGCGGCAGACAGUGCAUUCGUUAAAGGCCAGAUCUACUGCCCUUGUGGAUCCUGCCACCCGAGGCAGUCAGCAUACCUUGCUUCAUGGUGGGGCCGGCCCUGGUCAUUAAUCACACUCAGUAUAAAAUGGCUGAUUGUUCUGACUUGCUAGAGACUGAUGAGAUAUAAAUUUUGAAGCUUGCGGUUCAAUGCCCAUAAUGACUAUAACAUGGUUGUUGGGGGUUUUUUUUGCAAUUUCCUCCCAAGUUGUUUAUUGUUUGGCAAAGUUUGGCAAAGUUGCCAAAAUGUUUUAUUUACUCUCCAGACAAAUACAGUGCUGUGUGUAUUCUAUCAACAACAACAACAAUGUUUUCUAAGUCGUGAGAUGACUUUCCGUCCUUCGGAUCAUUCUUUCUAACGUUCACUUACAGUAAUAGCAUUUUGACAGAUACAGGUGGUAGCUGCUAAGAGUAAACAGAUCACAACUGGCCAUUGCAGUUUUUAAAAUACAUGAGCCAUACUUGUACUAAGUUGCUUUUGCCAAGGACUGAAACUGGCUUGAUCCUAAAAAAUUAUGACUCUCCUAUGGAUACCCAUAAGGAGUGGGGCACACAGUACGUUUAAUUAAUCUUGUUACCCGUUACGGUAAUUCUUUCAGGUCUUUCAAGCUUUCCUGCGUUCCUUGUUCAAACGAUCAUUUGCACAUUUUUCAAACAAACAGAAAUGCAAACCUAAUAAACUAUUUCUGUUUAUGUCCAGAAAUAUUAUGCAAUACAAACAAAAUUAAAUAUAAAGAAAAUUAAACCUCUUUUAGAAUCUUUUUCUUCUUCUUAAUGCGGUAUUGCAACAUUUCAAGCAUAACUCCUAGCUAACAUUUUAUUUCAUUUUGUGCCAUAACAGAUCAUUUUCUGGACUCUGUAGGAACACAUAAGUCCUUUUUGAAUGAUCAUUCAAAAUACGCUUCAACCGCAGUUUAAGGUAUUGCCACAUCUGCCCUAUAAUCAACAUCCUCAAUUGCUCUUGCAGCAGUUGUGUGUAAGGAGCCUCUCUGCUGUUUGUCGCCUUAAAAAAAUAAUUAAAUAAAAAUCACACUACCUCAUCCCUAAACAUCAGGAAGAACUUCCUGACAGUAAGAGCUGUUCGACAGUGGAAUUUGCUGCCAAGGAGUGUGGUGGAGUCUCCUUCUUUGGAGGUCUUUAAGCAGAGGCUUGACAACCAUACGUCAGGAGUGCUCUGAUGGUGUUUCCUGCUUGGCAGGGGGUUGGACUCGAUGGCCCUUGUGGUCUCUUCCAACUCUAUGAUUCUAUGAUCCCAUUCCCACACAGAAAUUGUGGCAGAACAGCCACAAAGUGUAUUGGAAAUGUCAAAUCCAUGUAUCUUUUUUUAAGCAGGAAAAAUGGCACCACAUGUUUGAACAACUAAUGAAAGCCAGUAGGAAUCUUAUGUCCUUGUUCACAAGAAAGGUUACAAAACUUGGCAGUUUUGUGAUUUUUAUUGAUUCAGUAUUUUGUUUUUAAUUCUGAUAUUUUUGUAAGCUGCCCUGGGAUGAUUUGGAGGAAGGGCUACUAGUAUUAGCAGUAAUAUUUCCAUGUACCAACCACAGCACCAUGUAUCACACUAUGGUUAUAAAGGCAAUGAGUAUCUUGUGGGAGGUAUUGCAUUUUCCCAGGUAUACAAUGAACUAUGCCUUGAAGGGAGGCAUGCAGACUGUGUGCAAAUAGACACUUGGUGUACAAAAAAUAAAUAUCCUGAUUGUGUAGGAAAGUCUGGAAAGGUUUGCUGUGGCUGGAGUGCAAGGGAUCUAGGAUUUGUUGCACCUGGGAGAAAGACCUUAAAUCUCACUAGACAUAUCCUAAACUUCUUUCCUUUCCUUUCCUUUCCUUUCCUUUCCUUUCCUUUCCUUUCCUUUCCUUUUCUUUUCUAUAAACAUAUUUAAUUCCAGGCAGACAGACAUUGUCAACUUGCAAGCAAUUAUAUAUGUGCCAUCUGAGCACAGAGCAUGUAACCCAUCUGAAAUAUAUUACCUACCAGCUCGUGAAAAGAUUUGAACUGUGAAGCUGUUACUGAGCUUGGUCUUUUAUUGUUAAGCUUGGGAAAGUACCUAGGGCUAAAGAAAGAGAAUAGUUUUUUUCCAGUAUUGAGGGUGGUAUGAAAGAGGCAUUGUUGUUUGGACUGUAUGCACUUGUUCUACUAUCUACUAGCUAACAGAGUUUUGUGGUGCUUCAAAAAUUUACAAAACCUGUUUAACCAGAGAGGAUAAUGACACCAAAGAAAUAUGGGUACUCUGCGAAAGUGACAAUAACUUACAUUGUGCCAUAUCCAAUUUUCUGUGUUUGCACAUAACAAUAAGCCAAGAAAUUUGGGAUUGUUCCUACUUAGCUUCUUCAUCUGUGUGAGCAAGUAAACAAACCAGGAGGAGGGAUAGCUGAACCUAGGAUCAUGGUUUGUUUCUCUCUGACAAAGACUCUCUGGCAACCAGAGUUUGGUCUUGACAUACGAAUCCUGGCUUGUUAGUGGGGAGCAAACCACAACCCUGGGUUCAGUAAUGCUAGCCUGUGUCUUUGCAGGUUUGCUUUUACCCACCUGUGUGAAUGACCGCUCCCCGCAUAAAACGGGGGGCGCCCUUUGCGUGGACACGCGCAGCCCCUGGAUCUGGAGCGGCUCCAUCAACACAGGCUUGGCUUCGCCUUCCCCCAGGUGGGAUACCUGGAGGUCUCUGCCUACCUCAGUCAGUUGUCCAAUCCCGCUUGGGGGAAGCUUUGCCAAGGAGACCAGGCCAGGUAGGGGAGGGACUACCUGCCCACACAAUAGAGGGAGGAUCUUACCUGGGAAUCCUCACUUGGCUCCAGAGCUUCUCCCACCCUACCCACCCUCAGUUAAGUCUUAUUUUGCGGGUUACGUCAAGGUCGCUGUUAAAGGGCCGGAAAGAAAUUCCCCUGCAUUGGCAGGUUUUGCGGCGGCGUAACGGGGGCGGCUAUCUCUGCUUGAACAUAUGUUCUCCAGAGCCGGCCCAUCCCCCCGCCCCCCACUGGAUAACCCUGAUGUUCCCUAGGCCCCCGGCUGGGGACUGGGGAAGGAUAACGCCCAAUGCCUGAGCCAAGGUCUACCCACAUCUGAAAUAUAAUAAAGUUGAGUCGUUAUUCCAUAUGACGGGGGGGGGCUGCCCGGGAUCUGGGGGACUCCGCCUGUCCAUGCAAAGGAGGAUUGAAGGCUUCUUUCAUGUACAGUACAGUUUAUCAAGCUAAGGUUCCAGCUUAUUGUUACACAUGAGUGCAACGGAUACCUUGCCUCCAACCUAGCAGAGCAUGGAGUUCUGUUAUCAGUUAUUUGUACAUCCUGUUGGCAUCACUGUAACUCCGGAAUGGGCCAGAGAAUUGCUUUUAUAAUGUUUACUAUUUACCAAAAAUUAUUUGAAGUGUAGUGUCAGGGAACUGACAUCGGAGCGAGAGGCGAAGGGGAGGCUCCUAGAUGAUGCUGGCGAAGGACCCAGCAGCAGGGGGAGAAACAGCUCAGUAGAGGGGGAAGCAAAUCAGCGCAACACCAGGGAUAAAGGGGGGCAGAUGGGGGAAGCGGAGAGAGGGCUCCAGGACUCUUCACUGGACCUCAGUGAGGAGGGCACAGGUCCUCCGCUACCCACGCCCUCCCUGCGCAGAAGACUCCCGCACAGUGAGAGGAGGAGGAGACUGGGUGUCAAACAACUUUUAUGUUGGAAGAGGUUCAAGAAACGCCCACUGACGGAUUCUGCCAGCGACUGAGGCAGUCACGAUGAGAAAGGGCUGUGCAGUCAGAAAGGUUUAACAAGGCAAAUUAGCCUAGAGAGGCACCAGUUUACGCACGAGUAACUCAUACCCAUUACAUGUAGAGUACCUUUACUCCUUUCUUCUUCCCUCCCUUAAGUCAUUAUUUCUUACAGUGUUUUCUUUGACGAUCUGCCAUGGAACAUUUAGCUAGUGAACAAAACAGUCAAGGGUGUAAUUUUAUUACAGAGGAAAGUUCCAUAUGAAACCAUUUAUUAUUAUUUUCAAGGAAUUAUAUUUCAUUUGAUCGAACAUGACAUAUACGCUAUGGUUCUGGAAGAGGCUUUUUAUAUCAGAUAAAUCUUAUUUGUACCAGCCUUAUUUCUCUUUCACUGCUUUAAAAAUGCUUGCUAUUUUUUUUAAAAUUGCUAGACAGGAGAAAAUAAACCAAUUUGUGACAUCAAAUUAUCUGUGUUGUGAUUUAUAGCUUUACUUCCUUAUGUCAUGGAUUGAUGGUGUUUACUGUGAAGGCGUGUGGGAUGAGGGGAAAAAACCUAAUGCACAAGGAGCAGUGACUUCAUUGAUGAAGAUGUAGCGGUGGAGCAAGCCGAUUGGGCGCCUGGGGUGGUGUGUGUGCCCCGUGCCCAGGGGUGGGGCCAGCUGCCCGCAGGGUGGGGCGAGCUGGGGCAGGACGCUCUGUGGGGUCUGCUGUAGGGCAGCUGAGUUGGAGGCAGCGGACAGACUGUUUGGGACAGUGCGAAGCCUGUGGGUGCCCAAGCCACCAUGUCACUCCCAGGAGAGACGUGUGGCUCGGGCACGCUGCAGGCCCCGCGGUGAGUGCCGCCCGGCAUUUUGUCACCCCAAUCAGUGGUGACAUCCGGGGUGGACCUUCCCCACCGCACCCCCUUCCUCCGCCCCUGUGAAGAUGGCUAGCUGAUUUGAGUUUUCCCCCCUCACCUGGAUAAAUAGCAGUUAACUGCACCAAAACACAUAAAAUAAAUAUUUAUAAUACUGCGCCUGAAAAGGGCAUGUCCCAGGAAGUCCAUGGAUUUGAAGAAAUGUCUCUCAAGAUCUAUUUUGGCUUGCAGCACGUUAUCUUCUCUGCAGCCUUCAGUGACAAACCUGGUGGCUCUGCAGGGACAUCCAAAACACAGUGAAGUUAAGGAGAAUUAUAAAUUCUUACCAGAAUGCUGGAAAAAAUUAAGAGUGACUUAUCAGAAGAGUGGUCAUAAAAGAUGAUAAUAAAAGGGUUGUUUUUUUUCAACUUUGGAAUUUAGGUAUGCAUAAGUUACCCAUCUAUCACUUCUAUUCCUUAAAUGCAAUGACAGAUUAAACUCCUCUUAGUUGAUGUGGAAGAUAGAAGUCAUAUGUAAAAGGUUUAUCUGAGCUACCUGACCAGUUGGAACUCCUGGAAUGGGACAUUGACAAAAUUCACAGAAUUCUCCCUACCCAAGACCCACACUGACAGGGAAAACCAAGAGAUAUUAUUGUGUGAUUUCCUCACUACCUUAUUCAUACAAAUAUAUUUAACCUUGCCAUGGAAAAGGAUAACAUAGAAUAUGAAAGUCAAGAAGUAUUUGGCUUCCCUGACUUGAGCACUUUGCAUCACACAUGUAUUUUUACAGUAUAUACCAUCCUCCUUCAAGAUUAAGGAGUUGGGGAGAUAUUCCUUCGAGAAGAUAAUUGUGUCCAAUAAGGGUAUCUUCCCAUGCUGCUACAACUCACAAAGUGGCAAAGGCUUUAUGGAUUCCCUCUGCAUUAAUAUGGGUGACAACAUAGCUGCUGUUGAUUCAGAUGACAGCGAAAUCGACUAGGAAUCGAGAGGCACUUAUCAGUGACAAUACAGAAAAAAGAACAAGACCAGAUGUCCGCAAAAGCCUGGAGGAGUGAACACAACUGGAUCUCAGAACUCUGAGAAAGCUCCCAAGAAUCAACGGAAAGGCUCCUGGCUCUUCCAUUUGGGACCUUCCAUUUGGGACCUUUGGGAAAUUACUAACUCUCACGUGCUUUAUGAAAAUGGCAGAUGGACAAGUUUAGCUCUGGGGGGGGUGGGGUGAGAGAACUCCCCAGAACAGCAAGGGGAGGGGGGUUUGUUCCACCUGGCAAGCCAAAAUACGAUCAGAUGACAUUGAAUUCCUCCCUAUAUUUUUUCCGAUAACCCUAGAAAAAGAAAAUCUUGUGUUGUUUUUAAUUGCUAAAUUUACUUCUUAAAUUCAUCCAUUGUGGCGGGGGGGGGGGGAGUGAGACUCUGUUACAAAGUGCUUUAUGUUGUUGUUUAGUUGUUUAGUCAUGUCUGACUCUUCGUGACCCCAUGGACCAGAGGACGCCAGGCACUUCCACUGCCUCCUGCAGUUUGGUCAAACUCAUGCUGGUAGCUUUGAGAACACUGUCCAACCAUCUCGUCCUCUGUCGUCCCCUUCUCCUUGUGCCCUCCAUCUUUCCCAACAUCAGGGUCUUUUCCAGGGAGUCUUCUCUUCUCAUGAGGUGGCCAAAGUAUUGGAGCCUCAGCUUCAGGAUCUGUCCUUCCAGUGAGCACUCAGGGCUGAUUUCCUUCAGAAUGGAGAGGUUUGAUCUUCUUGCAGUCCAUGGGACUCAAGAGUCUCCUCCAGCACCAGAAUUCAAAAGCAUCAAUUCUUCGGCGAUCAGCCUUCUUUAUGGUCCAGCUCUCACUUCCAUACAUCACUAAAGUGCUUUAUAGAAAACAUAUAUAUGGGGGAACCUGGAAAGUCACACUAAACAUUAUGCCAUGCUGCCGCUGCUAGCUGUUUCAGCAAUAAUUCAACUUAAACUAAACAGACCAUUGGUGCAGAUGAAACAGGCUUCUAAUAUCAGACAGGGGGAAGCGGACUUCACAAGACUGCUCUUUAUUUUAAAAAAAAAAAUUAGACAUGAGAACCAUUUAUGAAAAGUACAAUGACUGUGUGGAGAAGAUGGAUAAAUUAACACCCGUGCCCAUAUUCUUGCUCAUUCCCUUUCGCUUGCACCCUGUUUUAUUGUAGUGAAAAAAUUACUCACAGGUUAAUUUCCAAUCUCUUUCCAAUGUAAAGCUUGGAAAGAGAGAGGGUUUUACGUAUUCAACUUCUUUAAGACUGUACUCCCAUUAUCAGGUCCACAAUUUGUAGAAAAGCUAGAGACAUUACAACAUAAUUAGGAACAAAUCCUUUUUUAGAAAAACAAUUGGUGGGUGGAGGGAAGGGGUGGGGGAUUUUUGUUUCUGUAUUAAAAAUGCAAAUAAAAACAUAAUUGGGUACAAAUCCAUCCAGAUUUAUACUUCAGAUUAAUUUGCAAAGGGAAGCACUAGACAAUUCCAAAGUUCUGCUGAGUUCCCCCUAAAAAAAAAAAGCCCUGACAAAAUGUAUACUAUUUAAAAGCAGACAUUUGGGCGGGGGAUCUGCACAAAAAGAGACAGAAUGGACCUAUAAUUGAGCACCAGCAAACUGAAAUAGGGUGGAAUCAUCCCAAUACAGUGGUACCUCGGGUUAAGUACUUAAUUCAUUCUGGAGGUCCGUUCUUAACCUGAAGCACCACUUUAGCUAAUGGGGCCUGCUGCUGCUGCCGCGCCGCCGGAGCACGAUUUCUGUUCUCAUCCUGAAGCAAAGUUCUUAACCCGAGGUACUAUUUCUGGGUUAGUGGAGUCUGUAACCUGAUGCGUAUGUAACCUGAUGCGUAUGUAACCCGAGGUACCACUGUAUACACUUUUUUUCUUCUUCCUGUAUCUCUCAAAGACAAUGGAUUUAGAGACAUAAACAGGACAAGUCUAGGAAAAAACAAACCUCAAGUCACAUUUAUCCUGGUGGUGGUGUUUUUUUUCUUUUUUCAGAAUGAAGUUGGCUGAGAGGUUGUGAAAUAUUUUCUAACUUAGCUACUGCACUACUGGGAACUGAAGGUUUAUGACUCAACCAUAGGAAGUUAAAAGGAAGUUAAAAUGCAGUGUUUUCCUUCCUUCCUUCCUUCCUUCCUUCCUUCCUCUCUCUCUCUCUCUCUCUCUCCCCUUCCCUACCCCACCAAUUUCGUUCAAGUAUUAAAUAUAACAGGCAAUUUCUUAACAAAUUGUUUGGAUCUUCUACUCUCUUCAUUCCACACCAGCUGAUUAUUUUUAUUCCCUAAUAGCGUCUAUUGAGGAAAACAUAGCUUGAUGAAGGCUUACUUUAACUUGUGCAUGUAUACAUUAUUCGUAUAAAAAUUCCAAUCCAAAUGAAUAGUUCACAUUUUUUCAAAAAGGGGGGCACUUGAGACAAUAUUUCUUUUUCCUAUCCUUUUGCACAGCAAUAUUAAUAAGUUUUUGCUUCAUCUUUUAUUUAACUGCUGAGGUGGAAUUAGGUCACAUUCUGCCGUAUUUCCUCAUCUAUUUAUCCACAAGAAUGUCUUAAUGGUUUUCAGUCAACCAAAUGACAGUAAUGAGCUUUUCUCAGACACUUUCUUUAGGGAGUCUGUUUGAUUAAUAUGUUGUGUUUAGCUAUUUCGUUUAAGAGGGCUUGAGUAAUCUAAUUUAGAAGGUCCAUCCCUGCAAGUUAUGCUGUGAGUUACAGCUAACAGAGAUAGUUAUAGGUAGGUAGCCAUGUUGGUCUGCCGUAGUCGAAACAAAAUAAAAAAAAUUCCUUCCAGUAGCACCUUAGAGACCAACUAAGUUUGUUAUUGGUAUGAGCUUUCGUGUGCAUGCACGCUUCUUCAGCUAACAGAGAUAACUAUGUUCUAAACAAACAAACAAAAAAGAAAGAAAGAAAAUAAAUUAAUAAUUUUUAAUCAGGUGUAAACUGACUCAUUCUCUCAUAGUUCCACACCCCAGCCAGUGUUAGAAACUGAGAUAUGAAGCUAAAUGGCGCCUUAAACCUAGGUUAUGUGUGCAACAACAGAAUGUCUAGGCACACAUUUUUAAUAACAAGAAUACAAAGCUGAAAAUGAAUGAACUGCAGUUGAAAUAUUAUGUUCAUUUUUCACAUGGUCUAGUCCUUUCCCUGCCCACCCCCUAAUAUUCUUUAGGUCUUCAGAGAAUAGCUGGAAGUGGGGAGGCAGAAAAAGGUCCUCCCUUCCUUCCACUCUGCAAUUUUAAACUGAAAUCUUAGGUGCAGUACUGCGCCCGGAGCUCAGAAACUGCCCACGCCAAUGAAAUCCACUGUCCCAAGAUGUGCCUAGAACAAUGGUAGCUUCGAACACUGACCACAGCGUUUACCAGACAGAUCUUGAGAGUAAAAUAGCCUUUCUGCCCUUCUUUAGAAAAGCAAGCUAAACCCUCUUGGAAUGUGUUCUAUCACAGAUUGUCUGUGGAAUCUUGCCUCGCAGUAUUCAUUUGGAGGCAGUCUUGCUCCAUCAUCGUGUGAACGCUCUAACAACAUUAACUAAUGAAAUGAGAAAUGAUGAUACUUGAAAAGAUCUGUCUAGGCCAAAGUACUUUUAGUGUUCAGGAGGCUAGGUGCUCUAAGAAAGUUUACUGGGAUAACAUUUUAUUUUAUUUUUAAAAAUGCACUUUAGUUUGAAAAAGGUAAAGGGACCCCUGACCAUUAGGUCCAGUCAUGACUGACUCUGGGGUUGCGGCGCUCAUCUUGCUUUACUGGCCGAGGGAGCUUCCGGGUCAUGUGGCCAGCAUGACUAAGCCUCUUCUGGCAAACCAGAGCAGCGCACAGAAAUGCCGUUUACCUUCCCGCCGGAGCGGUACCUAUUUAUCUACUUGCACUUUGACGUGCUUCUGAACUGCUAGGUUGGCAGGAGCAGGGACCGAGCAACGGGAGCUCACCCCGUCGCAGGGAUUCAAACCGCUGACCUUCUGAUCGGCAAGUCCUAGGCUCUGUGGUUUAACCCACAGCGCCACCCGUGUCCCUCUGCACUUUAGUUUAUGCACACACACAAAAACAUUUUCCAAAAGUGAAAUCAAGUAUUUCGUUCUUCCAGUGGUACUUAACGCCCCAAGUAUUUUGGUUGCUUUAAAAACAUGGUGCCAACGUGCCAACUCUGACAGCUUGCUUACACAAAAGGACAUCCUCUGCUCCCCGCUGCAGUCCCCUGUGUGCCCCCAAAAUCUGCUCUGGAGGAUCAGCGGAGCCUUCAGAGCAGAUGAGGAGGCGUAACAGUGGGUGUAGAGGAAGGAUGAGUUCCUUUCCAUCUGCUAGGACAAUGCUGGAUCUUGCUGGGGUUUUAUAAGUCCAUUUUAAAUUCUCUUGACUAAGCAGGUUGAAAGGAAUGCCCUUUCUUUCCGUGUUAAGGGUGGGUCACCAAAGAUCAAAACUGGAGCUCUAAUGCAAAGUACAAAACCACCAAAAUCAGGACCAUACCGUAAUAAUUUAAAAUGCAGUUGCUGUAAUCUUGCAGCUCUGCCCUCUGUGCAACAUAAGCACUCUUAAAAUAACCCUUUUGAUACAUGUGAUUUUGUAAAACGACAUAUUUUUUAAGUGCAUAUGCUGCAUUUGAAUUGCUAAUAAUGUUUUCCGCUGCUGCAAUUAUAUCCAGAUUGUGAUGGAGUUCUAUUCAUGUUCCUGCACACAAAUCACCUUAGCCAUUUAAUUAGAACAGCUAAAUGCUCCCUUCCUGCUAAAAGGUGCUGAACCUCCUCUUCAGUCCUGCCCUAUUGUCUCCUUGCUGUCUGCUGAACUCAAAAUUACAAGAAUAUAAUACAGUUGGCCAUGUGGUGUUGAUCAGUGAACUCAUUUGUCUUUCAGCCAUGCAAAUCUAUGAAUGUCACUCAUCAAUAAACUGUAUUUAAUCAGGAGAGUACAAAUCUCAUGGGCAGGGUUUUCCGGAAGAGAGAAGUUUGUGUCCGUGAAAGGGCAUCUGAUAGAAAACAUUUCACUGGAUAACUGCAAGUGAUUGGCCAUCUGGCAAGGAGCAAGUCUCCCACCCCAAUCAGUGUGGUGUUGAGGUUUUAGUGUCAGAUUUGGAGUCAGAGAGCCACUUCAAGUUUAAGACGAUCACUGUGAACCCAACUGCUAAUGAGAGAGAGAGAGAGUGUGUGUUCAUAUCUAUGGAUGAGCUGUUUUGCUACACCCACUGUUAAGUUGUGGGUGAACAUAUCAGACGACACAGCGAUUCUUCAAACAGCUCUUGUUUAUUCACAGGCCAGGACAGAACUGAGCUGAAGGGCUCAGUCAGCCUGCUUAUAUAGAGCUCCAGUACCACGUUACUGUAACAACUUUCUAAAACUAUCCAAUCACUGAACGUCACUUUCGAUCCUUCAUUUGCAUAACUAUCUACAGUAUCCCCCUGCUGGCCCAGGGUGAGAACUUCAGUAUAUAACACCCGCCAUCAGCAAAAAGCAUGAUUUUCAGCAUGUUUAGUCCAGAACCUUGGAACUACAACCCAGAAUGUGAAAUUCAUUUCUAUCACGUACGUCUUUAUCUUGCGACACCCUAUUUGCAAUUAAGGCUGCAAUCCCAUAUAGAUUUACUUGAGAGUAAGCCCUGUUGAACAUUCUAUACGUUUUUAGAAUUGAACUGCAUAUUUUAUAAUUUUCUUUCUAACAUUAGCACGUUAAGAUCCAUGGAACAUAUGCCCAAGCUCACGGUCCUAAUUGUCUUAAGUCGCAGUCAGCUUUGGCUUGUCUGGCAUGUUUGCCAACAUAUUCGUUUCCUUCAACGGUUAAAUAAGCCUGACAAAUGUUGAUUAUGCCAUAAAAGGAGAUCACCCAUGGUGCUUUGCAGUGAUGUUUUUCCUUGCAAAUGCUGUUUGACAGGCUUAAGCAAAGCUAUUGCGUGGCAAAUUUCCAAAUCCAUUUACACGUACAUGAUUAAAAGCAGGUUGCAUUGUGGGCAAAGCCUCUCAUUUAGCAAUUUGAAAACUGAAAAUCCAGAAAUCGUAAAUGACAAUUACCUGUGAUCUGAGCUGAAAAGUCUUUUAAACAUGGCUAUGUAAAGUAGUACAAAGCUUAGUUCUUUGUUUCUAGGAUUUGGCUGGGUAUUUAGUGAUUUUCUGUUUGAACAAGCAGAAUGAAAUAUCCUGUCACAAAUGAAAAGACUAUUUUAUUGGUCGGUUUAAGAAAACCUCUCCUAAUAAAAGUAUUUUUCAAGGUGGUUCUCAAAUUAAACACAUUAAUGCAAAAAUAAACACAAUGGUUUGUAUUGUGGAAAAACAACUGGAAGUUUUUGCGCAGUUGUCCUUUGCAUGACAAAGGAUAUUGCAUAAGGCGGGAGUGGUGAUCUGGGGGGCCAAACAGCUAUGAAAUGGCCACAGUCAAUUGUAACAUUUCUUUACAGAGCUCAAAUGUAUAUACAACAGGAAAAAACCAAAACAACAACAACAACAACCAAGAGACUUGUAGUAACUAAAAGCAUAAGGAAUUCUAAAGUAUGUGGCAGGUGUAAAAAGGGUAAAUUCCAUGUGUUAUGUACUGAAGUUCUCACCCUGGGCCAGCAGGGGGAUACUGUAGAUAGUUAUGCAAAUAAGGGAUCGAAAGUGACGUUCAGUGAUUGGAUAGUUUUAGAAAAUUGUUACAGUUACGUUGUACUGAAGCUCUAUAUAAGCAGGCUGACUGAACCCUUCAGUUCAGUUCUGUUCUGGCCUGUGAAUAAACAAGAGCUGUUUGAAGAAUCGCUGUGUCGUCUGAUAUGUUCACCCACAACUUAACACCAUGCUAGGGAUCGUUAAGUAAGGGAUUGAAAAUAAGACUGCCGGUAGCAUGAUCCAUUGCACGAAUCUGUAGUACAACCACAUUUGGAAUGGUGCAUGCAGUUCUAGUUGCCUCACCUUGAAAAGGAUCUUGGGGGAGGGGGAAGGUAAAGGGACUCCCGACAGUUAAAUCCAGUCGCAGACAACUCUGGAGUUGCGGCGCUCAUCUCGCUUUACAGGCCAAGGGAGCCGGCGUUUGUCCGCAGACAGUUUUUCCAGGUCAUGUGGCCAGCAUGACUAAGCUGCUUCUGGCGAAACCAGAGCAGCGCACGGAAACGCCGUUUACCUUCCCGCCGGAGUUGUACCUAUUUAUCUAUUUGCACUUUUGGCGUGAUUCCAAACUGCUAAGUUGGCAGGAGCAGGGACCGAGCAACGGGAGCUCACUCUGUCGCGGGGAUUUGAACUGCCGACCUUCCAAUCGGCAAGCCCAAGAGGCUCAGUGGUUGCAACAUUUGGAUCUCUUUAGAUGUGAUGUGGGUGUAUAAUUAUGCAUGGUAUGGUGAAAGUUGUUAGGUAGAACCUCAACCCACCCCCCCAAUACAUUCAAUGAAAUUGAAUGUUGGAAGAUUCAGGAGAGACAAAACAAAGUACUUCUUUUACACUGCAUAUAUUAUAUAAUUUGCUCCCACAAAAGACAGUAGCAACCACCCAACUUGGAUGGCUUCAGAAGAGGAUUAGACAAAUUAUUUCAGGAUAAGGAUGCCAAUCGCUUCUAGACACAGAGGCUAUGUUUUUACCUCCACUGCUCUACAUCCACUGUCAAAGGCGGUAAAGGUAAAGGUAAAGGGACCCCUGACUAUUAGGUCCAGUCAUGGUCAUGGCCGACUUUGGGGUUGCGGCGCUCAUCUCGCUUUAUUGGCCGAGGGAGCCGGCGUACAGCUUCCGGGUCAUGUGGCCAGCAUGACUAAGCUGCUUCUGGCGAACCAGAGCAGCGCACGGAAACGCCGUUUACCUUCCCGCCGGAGUGGUACCUAUUUAUCUACUUGCACUUUGACGUGCUUUCAAACUGCUAGGUGGGCAGGAGCAGGGACCGAGCAACGGGAGCUCACCCUGUCGCAGGGAUUUGAACCGCUGACCUUCUGAUCAGCAAGUCCUAGGCUCUGCGGUUUAACCCACAGCGCCACCCGUGUCCCAUUCAAAGGCGGUAUAUGCCUAUAUGCCUCUAAAUACUAUUUGCUGGGGCCGUAGGUGGGGAGAGUGAUGUCAUGCUUGGGUUCUGCUUACAGGCUCCCCAUAAGGCAGCAUAGGUUGGUCACUGUAAGAGCAAAGUGCUGUGCUAGAUGGGCCUUUGACCUGAUCCAGCGUCCAAGCUCUGCUUAUGUUUCUGUGGUCACCUCUUAGUACAGUGAUGGCCAAACUUGGCCCUCCUGCUAUUUUGGGACUACAACUCCCAUCAUCCCUGGCUAACAGGACCAGUGGUCAGGGAUGAUGGGAACUGUAGUCCCAAAAGAGCUGGAGGCCAAGUUUGGCCAUCACUGUCUUAUUAGCACCCCACUGCAUCAGAAGCAACAGUAGUUUUGGUUUUGCUGCAGCAUGCUAACACUGCUCACACGGAAGUAAGAAAAGAGUGUCCUCAUGCUAUCUUGGGGAGGAAAUGCUCAGAUCAUAUUUGUGUCCGGUCAAAAAUUUUGUAUAAUCGGUUGAAAUGUCCAGGAAAACCUGGCAGCCCAUAUUGGAAGCAUUGAUUUUGGGGGGCAAAUUUCCUUUUAAAAAAAUAGCUCAAAAACUUUAUUUGCUUUUUGAAAUACAAGCAACCCUAGCUUAGAGGUUAAUGCAAGAUUUCUCCCAAGUUCCAUAUCUCAUCAAAAUUUGCAAUGAGUUCUACAAGCCAUGCAAAAGUAGAAUUGUGAACACUUCCAUCUUUAAAUAGAAAAGACAGCCAUGAAUACAUCUUCCUUAAAAAUAAAAUUUAAAAAUGCCUUUUUUGAGCCUCUAAAUUCCAAUACAGUGUGUCAGGGUUGUUGCUUUCCGUUAUAGAAUUUGGCACCACUUAGUUCAUUGAAUGUCUCUUUGUUCUCCUUUCAUGAGAAAGUCACAGCUACUUUCCAUAUGGGAGAAAAGCUCCAGCAAAAUGGAAAGGCUUUCUGUUGCUUUCCCCCCAGUGUACGCCUGUUAUGUUUAACUUGCUCAGUUUUGCAAGGAAAGGGUGUGUAGUUUGAAUGAGAACAGAGGCUGCCCUCCUGUCCCUUGCUAUGUAAGGAAUAAAUAGAAAAGCAUUUUACUGUCUCAAGAAACAUGCGCUUGGAAACCAGUUUCAGAAGGUGAGACCUUCUUUAAAUAAGAGAUCCUUUAUUUCUUUUAUUUAAUCUCUCUCCCCUCCAGUUCUCUUCUCUCUCUCUCUCUUUUCUUUUUACAAGACUGAUCAUGCAAUGACAUUUCAGUAUCAGAAAUGUGAAUGAGAUGCUGCUAAAGAAAGAGGCAUAAUAUUAAAGCUGACAUUCAGACUUGAAAAGCUUUCCCUAGCAGGCUUUCUAUACAUACCCUGUGUUCAGUCCAUUUAGUAUUCAGGGCUUGAAUUCACUGAAAUGGUAGAGACCUUCCUCUCUCUUCCUCAUUCUCAGAAGAAGAAUCUUUAGCUUAAAAGGUCCUUCUAUCUCCACUAUUGCUGUCAGUUCGGUGGGUCUCAUUUUUAAGGUCCCGAUUCUGCUGUGCCUUCAGUAUCCCAAUUCAGGAUUUGCUGGACUUUGUGUAUACUUUUGUGAAAAGAAGUCAUAUUAUAUGACUAUUUAAUGGGAAACAACCGCAGUCACUGUCCUUUCACUCAUCUCUAAGAAAUCCACCAAACUACCUUGGCUGCUUACACUUAUACAGUGGUACCAAUGGUUAAGAACUUAAUUCGUUCUGGAGGUCCGUUCUUAACCUGAAACUGUUCCUAACCUGAAGCACCACUUUAGCUAAUGGGGCCUCCUGCUUCGCCACCGCGCGAUUUCUGUUCUCAUCCUGAAGCAAAGUUCUUAACCUGAGGUACUAUUUCUGGGUUAGCGGAGUCUGUAACCUGAAGCGUCUGUAACCUGAAGCACCUGUAACCUGAGGUACCACUGUAAUUAAUAGCAAACAUGUUUACAGAGAUGCUAAACUAGUUUCCUGUUUUGUUAAAAUGCUUAGACCUGCAUUGGCUCCCAGUACGUUUCCAAGCACAAUUCAAAGUGUUGGUGCUGACCUUUAAGGCCCUAAACGGCCUCGGCCCAAUAUACCUGAAGGAGCGUCUCCACCCCCAUCGUUCAGCCCAGACACUGAGGUCUAGCUCUGAGGGCCUUCUAGCGGUUCCCUCACUGUGAAAAGUGAGGUUACAGGGAACCAGGCAGAAGGCCUUCUCGGUGUUGGCACCUGCCCUGUGGAAUGCCCUCCCACCAGAUGUCAAGGAAAUAAACAACUAUCUGACUUUUAGAAGACAUCUGAAGGCAGCCCUGUUUAGGGAAGUUUUUAAUGCUUGAUGCUGUAUUGUGUUUUAAACAUUCGGUUAGGAGUCGUGCAGAGUGGCUGGGGAAACCCAGCCAGAUGGGUGGGGUAUAAAUAAUAAAUUACAAUUAUAAAUUAUUAUGAUACUUCAGGUAGGACUGCCAGAGGAAUUAUCCCCCACCCAACAGAAGCGCCUUAGUUACAUGGGCGUAACCAGGAUUGGGGGGGGGGCAGGCCUUGGGGGGGGGCAGAACCUCAGUUAGCUAUGUAUUUUUAUCGAUUUAGGGGGGCAGCUAUCCCUCUCUGCCCCCCCGGCUACACCCAUGUUUGGUUGUGAAGUACUGAUCCCUUCCCUCAGGAUUUGCAAACCACUUUUUCCUGCUAGGAAUGUUCCCCCCCUCCCCCGCCGCCAAUGAUUUAGCCUCUUUUCUCUCGUCCUUAACAACUGCUCAUAUCCACAGAAAUUAGCAGGUGAACUUUAUUCAGAGUAUUCUCACCAUGCUACAGCGAAAAGAGGUCAGUAGCCCUCCAGAUAUUGUGGGCUCCAGUUCCGAUCAGCUCCUUCUAACAUGGCCAAUUGCCAGGAUUGAUGGGAAUUUUACUGUGACAUCAUCUGGAGGGCUGGAGAUUUCCCACCUCUGCCCUAACGUCUGACAAUCAAGUUCGGUUAAAACCAAGGGCUGACAAAAAGUUGGCAAUUUUGUGAUCGUUCCUAGGAUUUAAACUUCAUAGCAGAAUCUAUCCCAUUAUGUUCAGAUUAAAUUUACUGCCAGGUAAGUGCAGGAUGAUGACAUUAAUAUGCAGCCUGAGGGUUUGAAAGCAUUUUCAUGUUUGAGAUAUCCUAAAGAGAAAAAAUAUAUAUGCUUGAGAUAUUCUAAAAUGAGAAAUUAUAAAGAAAGUGCAUAUAAAAUGUCUUUAUUUUUCUUGUCAAUGUAGUUCGUUUUUUAAAAAAUGAACAUAGCAGCAAAGCAUUUCCAUAGCAAGGGAAGCAUUUGAAUUACUAAAAUAAUACUGUUUAUUUAACUUAUUGUGACCUGCAGGUCUUAUCCAUAUCAAAUUGGAGAUGGCAGAAAUUGGCUCGCAAGCAAACAUCAAGGAAAAGGUAAGAUCUCUAAUUAUCAUACUGCUCCACAUACACAGCAUAAAGGUCCAGAACAUUCAGAUGUUUAAAAAAUAUACUGGCCACAGGUGCCUUCCCACUGGAGAGGAAAUAUUGAAUCAACUCCUCUGGUUCUUGGCAGGCGCCACUGGGCUAUUUGGACAGUCGCGAACCCACUCUGCAUUCCUGCCUCAGUAAAGCUUAUUUGGACCUGUUUCUUAUGGUUACUGAUCUCUGUAUCCAUUUCCCCAUUUUUUUUUUUUUUUGCCCAAAUCUCUUAAUAAGGAGUUUUAAGGGAAUAAGAAGGUGCCAAAUUCAAAAGAAAAUAGUUCAUCAAGCUAUUAAUAAUAAUUAUUAUUUUAUUAUUACCCUCCCCAUAAAAAUGAGAAUUCUGUGCGCAAGAAAAUAUCUGAAAAGCAUUUAAUCUCUCUGCAGUUCUAGACAUUUCCUGGCCUAGCUUGAUAAAUGCUGACUUUCCCCCAUCAAAUUAUGAAAAUGAUAAAAUCGUAUCAUUUAUCUGAGGGCCUUUAUGCAUUCCAUUAAAUACCACAAUGAUAAUGAUAUAGGGCUUUUUGCCUUAGCCAUGGGUAAAGGGGGGGAGAAUAUGCUGAGACUAUGGUUAUUGACUGAUGGCAUUUAGUUGCCUUAAAACAGCUAUCUAAUAUUGUUUGUAAACAGAAUCAUGACUGAUUCUGUGUUAUAGAAUAAUAAUAUAAAAAGACGGUCGAUAAGCACAUGACCUUCCAUAUUUUUUGCGGGGGACUACAACACCCAUCAGGGACAUGGGGGGCGCUAUGGGUUAAACCACAGAGCCUAGGACUUGCCGAUCAGAAGGUCAGCGGUUCAAAUCCCGGCGACAGGGUGAGCUCCUGUUGCUCGGUCCCUGCUCCUGCCAACCUAGCAGUUCGAAAGCACGUCAAAGUGCAAGUAGAUAAAUAGGUACCACUCCGGCGGGAAGGUAAACGGCGUUUCCGGAGCGGUACGUAUUUAUCUACUUGCACUUUGACGUGCUUUCGAACUGCUAGGUUGGCAGGAGCAGGGGCCGAGAACGGGAGCUCACCCCGUCGCCGGGAUUCGAACCACCGAUCUUCUGAUCGGCAAGCCCUAGGCUCUGUGGUUUGACCCACAGCGCCAUCUGUGUCCUGCUCUAUUCUGCCUGUGUGUCCAGUUCUGGGCACCACAAUUCAAGAAGGAUAUUGACAAGCUGGGGACAAAAGGUCUCCUUCCUUGAAGGUUUGUUUUUUUUAAGCAGAGGUUGGAUCGCCAUCUGCCGUGUAUGAUUUAGUUGAGAUUCCUGCAUUGCAGGGGGUUGGACUAAAUGACUCGGGGGGUCCCUUCCGACUCUGCAGUUCUAUGAUUCUACGCAGCAUGCUAGGAGAAGCGUAAAAGUCAACACAGUGGGGGAGCUGAAUUUAGCCAGGAAAAUGGGGCUUGUAGUGCAUCUCAUUUUGUUGAAAUUGUACAGUGUUAAAGUGCUGCUCCAACCAUCUUAAAUGUCAAGAGCAUAUCCAGGCUGGCAAAGUGUGUGUGUGUGUAAAUACAUACAUGCAUACAUAUUCAUACAUACAUCUGUGCUUCUGUACCAAUGGCUGAAAAUCAGUUAAGACUUAUCAAGCAGUCUACAGGAUGCAAAUAAAUGGAAAAUAUCAGGUCCAAUUUCAUGUGCCAUUGGGGUAAGUUGUUGCUAAAGAAAUAAUAUACUGCAACCUAGAUCAGCAUUCAGGGAAUCGUCAGAAGUGCGUGGGAAGGAAUGGGAAUGGUUUUCAUUUGUUAUUUUACGUGUUUUGGAUGUAAUUGUACGGACAUGGCGUAGUUAAGGUGCUCUGACUACAUAGCACAAACAGUCCUUUGCAGAAUUGUGGGGCAUUUGUGUGAAAAAUACCUACUUGCCUUGCAGUGUGGUGUGCCUUUUCUGUGUUUUAAGAUGCCUGUGUUCAUCUCUCUUGCUUGCAGAUCAAUGCGGUGCGAUCAAUUGUACCCAACAAAAGCAACAAUGAAAUAGUGCUGGUGCUACAGCAGUUUGAUAACAACGUCGACAAAGCUGUACAAGCUUUUGUGGAUGGUCUGUACCCUUCUUCUAUUUCACGGACACUGAAAAGUAACACUGUCCAAAAUGAAGUCCACAGGUGUAUAUGCUGCUAAAAAGUGAACAUUCAGAAUUUCCUAAGAUAUUAUGAUGUCUUUCUUAGCAACCUGAGAGACCAUUCUAAAAAGUCAAGAGUUAGCCAACCUGUGUGGGCAUGUAUGCCCUGUAUAAAAAUCCCUGUGUAGAUAACAUCACAUAUCAGCCCAAUCUCCAAGCGUUGUGAGAUUCCAGGAGUUCCAGGCAUGCUUUAUGCAGGGUCCAUGUUUCCUUUGGAAAAUGAGGAUUUGAAAGCAGGUUCUUAAGAUGGUAGGAAACCCUGGGCACAGGGAAACCUUAAGGUAAAGAUAAAGGGACCCCUGACCAUUAGGUCCAGUCAUGACUGACUCUGGGGUUGCGGCGCUCAUCUCGCUUUAUUGGCCGAGGGAGCCAGCGUACAGCUUCCGGGUCAUGUGGCCAGCAUGACUAAGCUGCUUCUGGCGAACCAGAGCAGCGCACGGAAACGCCAUUUACCUUCCCGCCGGAGUGGUGCCUAUUUAUCUCCUUGCACUUUGACGUGCUUUUGAACUGCUAGGUUGGCAGGAGCAGGGACCGAGCAACGGGAGCUCAUCCCAUCGCGGGGAUUCGAACCGCCAACCUUCUGAUUGGCAAGUCCUAGGCUCUGUGGUUUAACCCACAGCGCCACCCACGUCCCACCCCAGGGAAACCUUACUAGGCAUUAACUACAGCUAAGGUUGGUACCAACCCCCAGAGGAGGAAAGGAACCUGCGUCUUAACUUCACAUGGUUAAGAAGCUGAGAUCAUUGGCUGCAUUAGCUGCUAAAGGUCUAUGCACAGUCCUCAUUAAGGACAUACAUUACCCCAAGGAUUAUUUUGGGGGCCUAAUAUGGCCCCCUGUGGCAGUCUAUAUUCUGGGGUAAACACCUAAAAAAAGCUCAAGAACUUUGGGGUAGAAUUGUAAAAAAAGCUCAAGAACUUUGGGGUAAAAUCAUAAAAAAGUUCAACAACUUCAAUCCUAAAAAUAGACCACCCUCCACUUCCUACAUCUGCUCAUUUUUAUACCUUUUCAUAACACAUUUGGUGUCCAUGAAUUAACCAAACAAACUUAAAUCUGGGUUUAAUUGGCCUGUGUAGAAUGCAGAAAGGUUGCUUUUAAAAAUUGUGCAAACCUUCCUCUUCCAGAGUGCAGUUUGUCUUGUUCAUAUUUGGAGAGGGUGUGUGUGAAUGCGGAUUGCAAUGCCAAGUAUUAUUUGCUGACUGGCUCCCUUUCAAUAGAUGUCAGAAAAUGUUACCUAGCGGGAGACAGCAAUGGAUAACAAACAAGGAAAAACGUUCUGAGCUUCAUUUUCAACUUUUCAUAUAAACCUUAUAUUUCUUAAAGGACCAAAUCAAAAUGGUUAAAAACAUACUCAAGCCAGUUUAGCUUCUUGGGCAAAUGACGAAGUCUGGUAGAAAAGCUGAAUUUAGGAAACAUUUCAUUACUGCAAGUUUCACAUGGGUAGUUAUUCCUUAUUUAAAAUCCCUGCCCCUUUGAUUUGUCAAAAACAAACCCUUUACCCUGUGUUUUCUCACGGAAGGAGGAAAUCCUGUUAAACCACAGGAGGCCCAGAACAAGCAUUAAAUUUGCUUUUAAGACUUAAUUCAAAUCCUUAGGCUAUUCUAAAGCGAGCAAAAUGACUUUGGUGGUCCAUAUGUGUGGUAUGGUUCUCAGUAACUCUAUUAUUUUAACCAUCAGUAUGCAAUACAUGCACUGUAUAAUUUACCCCUUUAGUUUUAAAAGGAUUGUGUUUGCCCUUGCCAUGAGCCAACGCAAAGAGCUAUGUAGAGCACUGACUCCACAUUCCCUGGCAGCUGGAUUCCUUUCUAACUCCUGAGAUUUCACCAUGUUGCAUUUUAUCUAUUACUCAUUAUUCAUUCAUUGUGAGCUUGAGGACUAGCCAGUUAAGCUUACCAGAUAUUUUUCAAUGAAUCCGGGGACACUUUUCAGCUUCAAUGGAUUUUGUAUGGGGACUGAUUUGUAAAUCCAGGAACAGUCCCCGGGAAACGGGGAUGUCUGGUAACCUAAGUGUAGGUUGAGAAACAAUUGGACACGGGGCUGGAUUCAGCUAUUGGGUACUGUUAGUAGAAGCGGGUGCAAUGACUCCUGCUAGUGUGCUGUGUCUUUUCUCCCUUGUCUCCCCUCCGCUGUCUGCCCCCUAGGCCUCCCCCACAUCUGCUGUGGAGGGUCAGGAGAACACCCUGAACCGUGUGCCGUGGGGAGGAGAGGGCAGAUAGUUCUGCUGGGCGAACAGAAAUGUUUGUGGUGACUAAACCCACCCACUAUGUAGAAGGAUGACCCCAUAGGAAAGAUGCACUUUUAAGGAAAGUUCUUGUUGUUUUUGGUUGUUGAUCUCACCAGAAGGCAGAGAUACCUAGAGCAAGGUACACGACAGCCUCUCCACUUGGGUGCUUAAGUCUAAAGGUAAAGGUAAAGGGACCCCUGACCAUUAGGUCCAGUCGUGGCCGACUCUGGGGUUGUGGCGCUCAUCUUGCUUUAUUUAUUGAGCUGGCGUACAGCUUCUGGGUCAUGUGGCCAGCAUGACUAAGCCGCUCCUGGCGAACCAGAACAGCACACGGAAACGCCUUUUACCUUCCCCCCAGAGCGGUACCUAUUUAUCUACUUGCAUUUUGACGUGCUUUGGAACUGCUAGGUUGGCAGGAGCAGGGACCGAGCAACGGGAGCUCACUCCGUCAUGGGGAUUCGAACCACUGACCUUCUGAUCGGCAAGUCCUAGGCUCAGCUGAGUUGCUAAGCUGCCGUUAUUCAAAGCAGCCUGCAAGGGACAGGGACAGGUAACAGGUAACAUUCUCUUGUUUCAAGACAAGGGAACUAAAGGAAAUGAAAUACCAUUUUCACUGACUCUUGGGACACAUUGACCAAAACAAAUUAAAAUAAAUAGAGCAAAUGGUCACCAGACUGGAAGGGGGUUAUUGUUGACUUGCUGAAGUCUCUCUCUCUCUCUCUCUCUCCUCUAGGCAGUGCACUUCAAGUUCUAAAAGAAUGGAAUAUGUCAGGGAAAAAGAAGGUAAGGAGUUUCCUGUGAAAGUUAAGUCAUUAAGUCCAUUUUAUCAUCAUAGUUCGCUGGAGCACAACAGCAUAUUUGUUGCCAAGGCUUUUGCGCACACACAAAUACACUUUUCUUUCUUUUUAACAACUGUGAACUGUUUGUUGCAAGCCUGCUUUCAAAAGACUUCAAAAUAAAUAGGUGCUUUUUACAUUUUUAAUCCCGCUUUGCUGUUGCUGUUUUUAUACCAGCAGGUUGAGCUUGCUAUUCUGACAGAAUUGUCAGAAUAAUUAAGGUAUUCAUAUGGAGAUCGCAAAACCGUUCUUCAAGAUGCUAUGAGCAGUUCUAAUCAGCACCAAGCUGUUUCUCUGGCAACUGACCCUUGAAUGAUAAAAGGGCGUUCUCCUUUACAUCAAGGGUAAUACAUACGUGGGACUCAGCUGUAAAGAUGUGCAAGUGAUGACAACCAGUUUAGGACCAAAAAAGAGAAGAGACCUUGAAAAUCCAGAAUUGUAUCUUCCAUCUCUCUCUCUCUUUCUGUCUUUAAGCAGCUUUCCCUAAUUCAGAUCUGGACUGCAGCCCCGAGGGAAGGGUUCUCCCUUUCCCCCCCCCCACUUUCCUGAUUCAAAGCAUAUAAACACACACACACCACCUUGCCCUGUUAAGGAAAAUAUACUUUUGGGUAACACCCUUUCCUGCACUCUGGUCCUCGUUUGAAUUGUUUAGCUGCUUCUCUUCCCCUUUUACCACCCCCUUCUCUGGGGCAGCCGCUGAUAGCUAGCCUAUAAAAUUGCAGUUUGCUUUAGCGUCUUAAAAAUGGGGACGCGGGUGGCGCUGUGGGUAAAACCUCAGCGCCUAGGACUUGCCGAUCGCAUGGUCGGCGGUUCGAAUCCCCGCGGCGGGGUGUGCUCCCGUUGCUCGGCCCCAGCGCCUGCCAACCUAGCAGUUCGAAAGCACCUGCGGGUGCAAGUAGAUAAAUAGGGACCGCUUACUAGCGGGAAGGUAAACGGCGUUUCCGUGUGCUGCUCUGGUGCCGGUUCGCCGGAGCAGCUUCGUCACACUGGCCAUGUGACCCGGAAGUGUCUGCGGAAAGCGCUGGCUCCCGGCCUCUUAAGUGAGAUGGGUGCACAACCCUAGAGUCUGUCAAGACUGGCCCGUACGGGCAGGGAUACCUUUACCUUUACCUUUAGCAUCUUAAUAAAAUCCCAUAUCUGUGUUGCUCCUUACAUGGACACUGUUCUUGAGUAGCGUCAGGCAGCGGCGGAGGAAGCCGCUCGGGCACCUGGGGCGGGGCGCCCAGGGCAGGCGAGUCUCCCAUAGGGGCGGGGUGCACUGCGGGGCCUCCGGAGUCUGCCUGCCUCCUCCCACUCAGCCGCCCUACAGCUGAUGGGGAGGCAGCGGGCAGACCGUUUGGGCAGCAUGGAGCCUGCGCGCACCCAAGUCGCCGCGUCUCUCCCAGGAGAGAAGCAUGGCUCGGGUGCACUGCAGGCCCCGCAGUGAGUGCCGCCCGGCAUUUUGUCACCCCCCUCAGUGGUGACACCUGGGGCGGCCUGUACCCACUGCACCACCCCUGGCAUCAGGGCCACAAUAGGGAAAAGGUUUAUCAAAUGUUUGAGCUACACCCAGAAGGGUUUGUUUUCCGUACAGUGGUACCUCGGGUUACAUACGCUUCAGGUUACAGAUGCUUCAGGUUACAGACUCCGCUAACCCAGAAAUAGUGCUUCAGGUUAAGAACUUUGCUUCAGGGUGAGAAAAGAAAUUGUGUGGCGGCAGCAGGAGGCCCCAUUAGUUAAAGUGGUGCUUCAGGUUAAGAACAGUUUCAGGUUAAGAACGGACCUCCGGAACGAAGUAAGUACUUAACCUGAGGUACCACUGUAUAAGAGAAGGACUUUACAUAUAUAUGUACAUACACCUGCCCAAAGCAAGCGUGCUAAGAUGCCACAAGGGUGCUGUGCUAAAUUUGGUCUUCAUCCCCCCUUCCUCACAACUCUAGACAGUAGUUGACAGCAGUCCAGUAAAACUGCAUUUUUCUAUACAGUCAUACCUCGAGUUGAAUGUGCUUCGAGUUGAGUGCUUUCAGGUUGCGCUCCGCGGCAACCCGGAAGUAACAGAGCACAUUACUUCUGUGUUUCACCGCUCUCGCAUGCACAAACACUCAAAAUGGAUCCCGUUCGCAUCCCGAGGUACCACUGUAGUGCUCACUGACUCCUGGAAGGAAUCAAAGGUGUGACAUCGUGUGCCUAUAAUUUAUCCCUCUAUGGCUACAAUACUUACUGAUGCUCUCAGAACUAUUUGCACAGGGUGUUUCAAGCUGGAUGUCAACUUGAGUGUCCCUUUCUAAGAUUUCUCAUAUGGGAAACAAAUUGGUAUUGAACUCUCAAGUGAAGUCUGUUUAGCUCUGUUAAGCAAUGGAUUCAGCAGGUUCCAGGAAGUGCUCCUCUUUUUUAUUGAUACGGACGUAACUCUGACAGUAUGUAGGCACUGAAUGUGGUGCACAGAGACAAUAGCACUUAUUUAUCUAAUGGACCCCAAUCAUAAAAAAAAGAAAUAAAUUCUGUUCUUCAGAAACAACAUUAUGCCAGACUCCUGCUAGUGUCAGCUCACAGAUAUCUUCUGUGAAACAGAAGGAAGAAUUAGAGAGAAUCUACAAGCAAUUACUGCCAGGGCAAACAUAAUGUAUAAUUUCCAGCUAUGGAAAGCACUUUAAAUUGCUGUCCUACGAAUUAUCCUGACUGUGCCAAAUGGCAGGUGUUUGGCAGAAAGAAAUAAAACCCAUCUGAAUAUAGCAUCCAACUGAGUCCAAAAUUCAGUUGCUAUGGAUGUUGAUUGCUGCUCCAAAAAGAACAGAGUGUAUACUUUUGAAAAAAUAUAGGAAACAUGGGUUCUACUUCCAUCCCACGUGAUCUUCAGAUGGCACCAAAAGAAAUAUGUGUUCUGGAAUUCUUUGGGUGCCAGUAUUUUUUCUUUUCUUGCUGUGAAUGAGUGUUGUCCUCAAAUUCCCGUUUUUAUGUAUACUUGAUACAGUACUUAUGAGCUACUGUGGUUUAAAUGAGCAGACAUUUGUGUUCAGAAUAGCAACUCAGAAAGAAGCCAGAGAGAGAGAGAGAGAGAAUAUAUAUAUUCAGAAGAAUCUUUAUUUGCAUCAACCACUAGUCAUAGCAAUAAAAUAAAAUAAAAUGUACUGAAGACAGAGGUAAAGGCUUAACUAUACAAAAUACAUUUUGGAGGUUUACAUCAAUAAUCAAAUAAUAAAUCUUAUUUGAAUUGCCCCCACUAAAAACUUUGUACAGUGGUGCCUCGCAAGACGAAAUUAAUUCGUUCUGCGAGUUUUUUUGUCUUGCGAGUUUUUUCGUCUUGCGAAGCACGGUUUCAAUUUUUUCAAAAAAAUCUUCAAAAACCUCAAAAAAGGCUACCACACCGCGUGCUAUGAGUUGCUCCCGAAGUCAAGUCGCAACUGCACCUCUUCAAGCAAUGCACCCUGUAUUACUGUAACGGUUUUAAGAAAAAGGAAACAAACUUGCAAGACGUUUCCGUCUUGCGAAGCAAGCCCAUAGGGAAAUUCGUCUCGCGAAGCAACUCAAAAAACCAAAAACUCUUUCGUCUUGCGAGUUUUUCGUCUUGCGAGGUACCACUGUAGUUUUUGCUGUCACCUGAUCAUCUUGAUCUGCUAAAAGGAAGGCCACAGUAGCAAUGGUUGAGCGACCCAACAUGGAGAAUAACAGAGGGGUAAUAAUAACCUCACUCCUCAAACCUUUAUAAAGAGUGCAAGACACUCAUGAGCCACUGACUCAAUACUGCCAUCUCCACAUGGACAUAACUGUUUUUCCAGCGAUAUUUUUUGAAAUUGACCCUCAAAUACAGUCAAAAGCAGUAUAUUCAAUCUUGUGGAAGUGAAAGCGCAUCUAUUUUGGAAUUAUCAAAUUUUGCAAAUAAGGUGCCAAAGUGUCAAAAUGACUAGGUGGAAAAUAAUCAUACCAUGGAAAAAAUUUCCUUAUCGUGGCCAAAUUAUUCUGUUGCUCGAUAUCAUAUAGGCCAGGCAUCCCCAACCUGCGGCCUUCCAGAUGUUUUGGUCUACAACUCCCAUCAUCCCUAGCUAACAGGACUAGGGGUCAGGGAUGAUGGGAAUUGUAGUCCAAAACAUUUGGAGGGCCGAAAGUUGGGGGUGCCUGAUAUAGGAGUUGUCAGAUUAAAUUAUUUGCUUUCUGAAGCCUGGUGUUAAUAACUGUUGUGGUGAUAAACCAGAAAAGUAAAUCUUUCGGUUGACAAUUUUAGUCCAAGCGCUCUCAUGACAAUCUUGCGAUUCUAAGGGUAGUAGACCGGGGGGGGGGGGGUAAAUUUAGCCAAAGCCAAUAAUUAAAUGUCCUGCACCAAAUCUGUAAUUCAAAAGAGGGGAGAUUAGCCUCCAAGCGCAAUGAGGCAUUUGGAACACAGGAUGGAACAGACAAGAAAUGGCCCUAGGAACUUAGAUGGAACAGCUUCUGUAGAUCCAAGAUCUGAUAUACACGUAUAUAUAUUUGUCUCACGAUUUUUGGAGCAAAGACAAGAGAAGCCUUUUUAAAAAAACACAACACAAUAAAAGCAAAUUAUAUCAAAAUAAUAAGCAUUAACAGGCUCUUGAAGUUGUGAGGAUCGUGGGAGAAAUCAUUGGAUUUAACCUAAUAAAGUUAAUUUAAUCUCUCUUACAGGGUUCCUUGAUCUACUUUUACGGCGCAAAAACAAAGCUUAUGAUGUAGUGCAUCAGUUACUCAAAUUCUAGUACAAUUAGUUAAAUUUAUGCCAUGCUUUGGAAAACGAGAACAUUGAGGGUUGUUUUACCUGCUGCGAUAUGAUCUAUAUUUCAUGGCAUUGCUAUCCUUGAAUUAUUUCCUCCCCCCUGCAGAACAGCAAAAGGAAAAGAAGCAACUCUAAGCAGCACUUCCAUAGCAGAGAUAUGAAAGGUAAAGAGGAUGGGAGAGAAAAGCUGUCGUCUCUGGAAUCCCAAGGAUUAUAUGGCUGCCACCUGAAUGGCUGUAAUAAGGAGAUUUCCCCCAGCGAACCUGCCAGUGAAAAACCGAAAGCAAUUCCUCAAGAACCAAAGAGCUUUGAAGGCAAGGACAGGGGAGAGGCAAAACCAGAAACCGCAGGUCAGUGCACUGUACGCCAGGUGGCUUUUGCAAGAUGUGUAAACAGCUUCCUUUUCAGCCCCCCAGGAUGGAAGUCCUCACACCAACAGGAAGAUUUUGUUGAAUCCAGAUUUAUUCUGGAUGUGAAUACAGUGGUACCUGGCAAGACGAAUGCCUCGCAAGACGAAAAACUCGCAAGACGAAAGAGUUUUUCGUUUUUUGAGUUGCUUCGCAAGACGAAUUUCCCUAUGGGCUUGCUUCGCAAGACGAAAAACGAAAAAAACCAAAACGUCUUGCAAGUUUGUUUCCUUUUUCUUAAAACCGUUAAUACCCAGGGUGACUUCGAGGAGCAACUCAUAGCAUGCGGUGUGGUAGCCUUUUUUGAGGUUUUUGAAGACUUUGGUGAUUUUGAAGACUUUGGGAAACCGUGCUUCGCAAGACGAAAAAGUCGCAAGACGAAAAAACUCGCAGAACGAAUUAAUUUCGUCUUGCGAGGCACCACUGUAUAGGUGCAUCUCCUCCAGCCACCUCCUUUGAAGCUGAUCUGUGCUGGAGGCAAGACAUUGCACUGCGCAUCCAAACCCCACCUCUGUCCUUUGAUCUGUCUUGGGUUCCAGCCUGUCUGGAAUGCAGGCAGGAGCUAUCAUGGUUGCCAGGGGUGAUGUGCUGUUUGCAGUGUGUACAAGUGGUACCUUGGUUCUCAAACACCUUGGUACUCAAACAACUUGGAACCCAAACACUACAAACCCGAAAGUAAGUGUUCCGGUUUGUGAACUUUUUUUCUGGAGCCGAACAUGCUCCGUGUUGAAUCUUACGCUUCCGAUUUGAGUGCCACAGUUCCAUUUCGAGUGUUACACUGAGGUCUGUCUGGUUUUGCUAUUUAUUUUUUUGUUUUUGUUUUUGUUUUUGCGGCUCUUUUUCGUUUUGUUUUUGCGACUGUGUGGAACCCAGUUCAGCUACUGAUUGAUUGAUUGUGUGACCACAGUACAUUGUUUAUUGCUUUCAUUUUAUGGAUCAACAAUCUCGUUAAAUAGUAAAAUUCAUGUUAAAUUGCUGUUUUAGGGGUUGUUUUUAAAAGUCUGGAACGGAUUAAUCCAUUUUGCAUUACUUUCUAUGGGAAAGCACGCCUUGGUUUUGGAACGUCUUGGUUUUGGAACGCUUUGGUUUUGGAACGGACUUCCAGAAUGGAUUAAGUUUGGGAACCAAAGUACCACUGUAGAUGUGGAGCUUUUCUCCUCCCACAUCAGUCUUAACAUCAAGAGAGGACAUUUCUUCCCUUUGGCAGUACAUAACUCUCCUGGGGCUUUUGUAGUAUUUUUCUCAUCUUUGAUUCUUAAGGAAGACUUCAAAGCUGCUGCCAAUUUGGGGCUGACUUAUGUCUUUCUACACAGACAUAAAAGCUGCGUAUAGCUGGUGGUGUUAUCUGGAAUCCUAUGUACCGUUCUGGUCGCCUCAACUCGAAAAAGAUACCAUAGAGUUGCAAAAGGUUCAGAGAAGGGCAACCAAAAUGAUUUAAGGGGAUAGAGUGACUUCCUUAUGAAGAAUGAUUGCAGCUUUUGGGGAUAGCACCUGUCCAGUCGAACACUGCCUUAGCAAUCAGCCUUGGUCCUUUCCCUGUGCUUUAAGCAAGUGCCCCAACAUAUUUUACUAACGCUCCUCACGUAGAGUACAUUUUAAAACACAUUUCAAAGCACCACUUGUGAAACAUUCAUUUAUGCAUUCACCCUUCCUUUUAUCCAGACAGAAACAUUUUCAAAACAAUUGCAAGGCUAACUGGGAGAUGGGGAGGUUGCUUGUGGUAUCGCAAGCACAAUUGCCUGACAUGUUUAUUGGUUUUAAUUUAAUCGUAUAUUUUAUUGGUGUGGUUCCCCCCCCCUUUUAAUUACAUUUUAAUCCACUCUUUUGCUAAGGGGAGGUACAUAAAUUUAAUAAAUAACAGUAAAUUAUUUCCUUAAAUUAAAAAAAAAGAAAAAGAAAUCAGACUGCUGCCUUGUGGACUUGCAGAACAUUUUUUGUGUGUGUUACAGCUAAACCCUACGUAAUAAAAUCCUGGUUGAAAGCAGCAAGGAAGCUUUCAAAGCGGUUUCAUAAUAUACCACAUUUUUCUAUAAGACGCACCUUUCCCCUCCUAAAAAGUAAGGGGAAAUGUGUGUGCGUCUUAUGGAGCGAAUGCAGGUGGGAGGCUCUGCUCAGUGCUCCUUUAAAGAGCCGCGUGGAGCAUGUGUGUGGCUCUUCAGGGCUUUUCCCUGAGGAGGGAGAAGGGCUGCCCUUCUCCCUCCUCGGGGAAAAGCCCCCAAGAGUCACACACAUACUCCGCUCUCUCUUUAAAGGAGCGCGGCUCUUGGGGGAGCCUUAGCCGCGCGCAGCCUCUCCUGGGCAGGGGGAUGAAGGCUCCCCUUGCCCGGGAGAGGCUGCGUGCGGCUAUCCCAUAAGCCAGGACAGCCAGCAGGAUCGCUGUGCUGCGAUCCCGCUUGCUGUCCUGGCUUCUGGGAUUCAGAAUAUUUUUUUUCUUGUUUUCCUCUUCCAAAAAACUAGGUGCGUCUUAUGGUCUGGUGCGUCUUAUAGAGCGAAAAAUACGGUAUCUGUCUUGAGAGCUAAUAAAGGAAUUCUGUUCAGUUACAAUAGCUUAGAUUUUGACUACCUUUGACAUCUUGCUGGUGGGCGCAUCUUUAUAUAGAAAAGCCACAUAGAGAUAUGUGAUGGGCAUUGCCUAGUAGUGCCUGAAGUUUUUCCGAAUUCACCUUUUGUUAUAGAAUGGUGGUUGUGGUGUUUCUCGCGAAAGGCAAUUGAGAAUUUCCCCAACUCCUAGCUUACCUUUCAAGGUAUCUUUUUAAUAAGAAAGGGAUUCUCGCUUCAGGGUGAGCUCCCCCACCCCCUCUUUAGGGGGUUUGAAAAUAUCGAGAUAAAACAGCCACUCCUUGGCAUGUGGCAGCUUGGGAUUCAGAGUAGACUCUUUGAGUUCAUCCCAUUAUCAGCCAGCCUGAUAAAACACUCAGCCCUUAAUACAGUGACUGAAGAACUACAUCUCAGAUAGUGUUUCAGCUCUGUGCGAAAGAGAUUCUAAAGGGUACUGUUCUGGUGCUUGAGACACCAGCAAUUGAUUUCUUAUUAAGAUGUUUGUAACACUGGCAGUACCUCUGGUGCCCUCGAGUUUUAAGUUUUGUUAGUGUCAGGGAACUGCCAUCGGAGCCAGGGGGAGAGGGAGGGCUCCAGAGGGAUUCCGGAGAGUGUCCCGGGAGGGAGAGAAGCAGCACAUCUUCUGGGGAAGGAAAUCAGCGUAGUACCAGUGGAGAAGGGGGGCAAAUGGGGGAAUCGGUGAGGUGGCUCCAUGACUCCUCUCUGGGGACCAGCGGGGAGAGCACGGGUCCUCCGCUGCCCACACCCUCCCUGCGCAGAAGGCUUCCGCGCAGGGAGAGUAGGCGGAGACUAGGCGUCAAAGAACUUCUUUGCUGGAAGAAGUUCAAGAAACGCCCACUGACGGAUUCUGCCAGCGAUUGAGACAGCCACGGGCGAGUGGCUGUCCGGACAGAAAGGGUUCACUCAGGCAACCCAGCCAGGUGGGGCGCCGAUUUACGCACGAGCAACCCCUAGAACCAUUACAGUUAGCAAGCACAGUUUUCCAUGUGUCACAAAGCUUGCUGAGAAGCCUUUACAACAAAAAAACACAAUAAAAGCAAAAUAUAUCAAAAUAAUAAAGCAUUAACUUAGGCUCUUGAAGUUGUGAGGAUCGUGGGAGAAAUCGUUGGAUUUAACCUAAUAAAGUUAAUUUGAUUUACGUUACAGGGUUCCUUGAUCUAUUUUCAAGGUGGUUAGUUUAUUUCAUGUAUUUAUUAAAACAUACCCCACUCCUCCUCAUUCCUAAAGCACGACUCAGAACAGCUUACUAAAAAUUAAAAUCACAAUUUCAUUUUUAAAAUAUAUAUAUAUUUAAAACAAACAUUACAACAAGGUAAAGUACGUGGAGCACUUUGAACAUUUGAAAGCACAUUCUAAAUGCCAAGAAUUAAACAAAUGGAAACUACACAAUGUGUCCAGGAGGGAUGUAGGUUGCAUUCACACGACCGUUUAUUCUGUUUCCCCAGUGUUUUUCUUACAGUUAACUUCUGUAUUAUGUUUGAAUGCUCUUCCAAUAUAGUAGACUAUUGCUCAAGUUUAGCACCCCUUUUCUUUGCAAACUGAAAAGUUCUGUUUGCAAAUAACAUGGAAAUGAGCACUAAACAUGCACUAUAUUUCCAGAAGUGCCUUGUAUAUCAUAUGAAAGCUCAAUGUGAACAGUAAAAGGGAAACUAACAGGGAAAUGUCGUGAAAACAGGAAAAACUGCCUUGGAAACCUUAGACAUCCCUGCUGUCGAAAAGUGGCCUCUCCCUGUAUCUGGUUCUAAUGAAUCUUGGUGCAUCCUAUCAUGCCAACAGGCCACCUCCAUUCAGCAUCACUGACUGACGUAGGGAGAUGUUUGAAAGCUCAUGGUGAUAUUCUGUCAUGAUGAGAUACAUCUCACUAGAACAGGGACUGCCAGACUUCUUGGGAUUUUGAGAGUGCUGGAGAUGCCAGGCACAAAAUACCGUAUUUUUCGCUCUAUAAGAUGCACCAGACCACAAGACACACCUAGUUUUUGGAGGAGGAAAACAAGAAAAAAAAUAUUCUGAAUCUCAGAAGCCAGAACAGCAAGAGGGAUCGCUACACAGUGAAAGCAGCAAUCCCUCUUGCUGUUCUGGCUUCUGGGAUAGCUGUGCAGCCUGCAUUCGCUCCAUAAGAUGCACACACAUUUCCCCUUACUUUUAGGAGGGAAAAAGUGAGUCUUAUAGAGCAAAAAAUACGGUAAGUGCUGGGGGUGGGGUGGCACCACAUAAUAUGGGUGCAAUGGGGAAUGGCAUAACGCAAAAUUGGAUAAGCUGCAGUUCCUGGCAACCUUAUGCUCACCAUGGGAAGUCAGCCUUGUCCUGCUGGUCCUGACUGUGGAGAUCACACAAUAUUGAUUGUACAGUGGUACCUCAGUUUAAGGGACACGGGUAGCGCUGUGGGUUAAAUCACAGAACCUAGGGCUUGCCGAUCAGAAGGUCGGCGGUUCGAAUCCCUGCGACGGGGUGAGCUCCCGUUGCUCGGUCCCUGCUCCUGCCAACCUAGCAGUUUGAAAGCACAUCGAAGUGCAAGUAGAUAAAUAGGUACCACUCCAGCGGGAAGGUAAACGGCGUUUCCGUGUGCUGCUUUGGUUUGCCAGAAGCGGCUUAGUCAUGCUGGCCACAUGACCCAGAAGCUGUACGCCGGCUCCCUCGGCCAAUAAAGUGAGAUGAGCGCCGCAACCCCAGAGUUGGUCACGACUGGACCUAAUGGUCAGGGAUCCCUUUACCUUUACCAUACCUUGGUUUAAGAACGAUUCAGUUUACAAACUCCGCAAAACCGGAAAUAGUGUCCCGGUUUGAGAACUUUACCUCAGUCUAAGAACGGAAUCCGAAUGGUGGAAGGGCAGCGGCGGUGGGAGGCCUCAUUAGGGAAAGCGAGCCUCAGUUUAAGAACGGUUUGGGUUUAACAACGUACUUCCGGAUUAGAUUAAGUUUGUAAACAAAGAUACCACUGUACACACACACCGUUGCUGUCUAAUAGCAGAGAGGGAAAACAUACAAGGUGAUCACACCACACUGUCUCUGAUUUCACAGAAAUAACUUAGAACCUGCACCAUUUCCCCCAUAAAGACUCUCCUCCCUGGAAGAGAGGGGAGUGGUUGUGGGCGGGAGCCCGAGCACCGCCCCUAGCAGGGGGCGUUAGCCCCCUGCCUCCACCUCACCUGGCUGGCGCCCACGCCCCCCUGCAGGCAUCCAACCAGGUGCCUUGGAGGGGGCGUGUUCAGCAGCCUUUUGCUGCGGCGCCAGCCUCUCCCUGGCCUCAUUCUUCGCCGUUGUCUCGUCGCGAGUCACCCACCCUCCACUCCCUUAGAGUUAGGGCUUAGGUCAUUGGCCUUUCUAUGGACCUUAGGUUGGUCGCCCUGGUUGUCCAGGGGGCCUGGUAGGAGUUUUUCCAUUUGGCAUUAGGCUUUUUUCGCCUACCUCGUAGCAAUCGUCACAACUUUUGUGGUAUUGGUGGGUAGGUUAGGCAUUGGAAUAAUGUGUUGUGGUGUGUCGAAGGGCUAGGUGUGGCCAUCGCCUAUGCCUUCAAUUUUGGGUAUUCCGUUAAAGGAAUCUGGCGGUCGUGUGUUCUGUCCGAUGCCUGCUUGGCGGGAGGCCAUGGCACGACCCUCGGUGACAUCAGGGGGGAGCCUAUAGUUGGAUUAGCAUCAACAGGCUCCACCUACUGGUGAAUAAACCCACUUGUUUUAGAGAUCCAAUGCCUAAGCCAAUACCUUUUCACUGCUGUAAUCAAUAAAGUUGUGGCCUUUCCAUGCCCAUUAACCUUAUAUCACGUGUCCUUGUGUAUUCAUUUCACAUCGCGGGGGUCGGGUCCUCGAACCACAACUUGCUUCUAGGAGGACUAGAGACUUACUUACUUUGAACAAAAGCUCAAACUCUGAGGCACCUGCCCAGUAAAAGUCUUUAUGGGCAUCAUGUGGCCCCGGGGGCGCUGGGUUGGUGACCCCAGCACCAGAACUUGUAAGAGAGUAUGGGAAAAGUAAGCAGGAGGAUGACAUUUCUAACCAUGGACCUUUUAUAAUUCCUCUCCUCUGUACCCCACGAGAAAGAGCCUCUGAUUUCUCACAUGAACUGAUACAAGAAACUCCGCCAUUGAUCUUCCAACUUGUUGUUUUUGGGUUUUUGCAGACCAAAAGGCAGACCAAAAAACCACACCUAUAGAAGCUGGCCGAAAAUAUGUAAAUAGCGCACAGCUGCCUGAUGCUUUCCAGUCCUCCCACCCAUCUCAGUGCAGUGUUGGUCGGCCGAAGGCAAAGACAUCCGUGGUUAAGCCGUCUGUCCCCACAGCCCAUCUUGAAAUAAAACCAGAGGGUUCAGUCAAGAAAAGAGGUACAAGAGAUUUGUUUGCUCUGAAGUGCAACCCAGUGUAUUUUUUCCCCUUACUUCCAAAGCUUUUAUUAACCUUACCAAAAAUUCUGUGUAGCCAUUCAGUUUUAGUAAUCUUUAAAAGAAGCAUCGUAUGUCAAUGCUGUUUUUGUCUUCUCUGUAAAGUAGGAGCGGGGAACCUGUGGCGCUCCAGAUGUGGUUAGACUACAUCUCAAAACAUCCUGAUCACGCUGACAUGCACUCCAACAUGCCCCAGGGUAAAACCGGGACGCAUGUCAUUUGGGGCCGUGUUCCUGCGCAGGGGUGUAGCAUUGGGAGGCUGCCAGGACGAUCACCCUGGGCACAUUUUUUUGGGGGGGGAGGAACUGCUAACGCUGCCCUCCCCAAGUCAGCCCUGCGCCACUUUGCAAGGCUGGAAUCUGAUCAGACCCCAGCUUUGCAAAGCAGCACGGGACCCUGUGUCCCUUUGCAAGGCUGGGACCACUCCAGCCUUGCAAAGUGGCUCAGGGAUGCUGUUGCUCAAGUGGCGACAAGGGCUGGGUUGGUGUGCAGCGGGCUUCAUUCACCCUCCUGGCAUGCACACAUGUGCUCCCUGGGCGCCUUGACAACAUGCUCCGCUGCUGCUCCUGCGUGAGCACAUGCGUCUUUCAGGGCUGUGAGCUCAUGGGAGCCAGGUGACUCGCACAAGAACACAACCCCCCCAAACGCGAUGUUCCACUUAAAUCGGGACAAUUGAGGCGUCUGACUGAGUGCUGACUGGGUGUAGUGAGAUUUGGGGUCCAGCGAUAACUAGAGAGCCACAACUUUCCCAGACUUGCCUUAAGGCAGCCCAAGUGUCCUUGGUGGUCAUUCUGCCUCUUUAUCCAUGAAGACCACCAUUUUCACGGCUCAGACAAAAAUGUAUGUAACGAACUGUGUUUUGCAUUAUCGCUCUAGUAUUUCAUGGAACGUAUCAAGUGAGAUGCAAGCAAGGUUUGUUCUUUGCUUACUCCUCACGGUUGUUUGGAGUGGUAGGGGAACCCAUGAGUCCAUGUUCUGAUGUAAUAUCAGGCCAAACCAUGGUUUCGCUUGCAGCAGCUCAGCGGGAGAUGUGAAGGGGCAAAGCACCUGUGAUUUCAGCAGCAUGGUGGUGCACACAUACGAAACUAUAGUUUUGCUUGGCUGUGGUUUAAAGUGAUGUGAUAAUCAGGCCAGUAUGGCAUAAUAUAAGGGUGAGAGAGAGUUCACUAUCUCUGUCUUCUUCUAUCCUCCUCCACAAGUUGCAGGAUUACUGUGUGAGCAGGGAAGCCCUGUCUAUUUCAUAAUGGAAUUGCCAUUUUGCAAAUGACGGUUUCUUUACAAAUGGGUGUCGUUCUGCUUGCACAAAGCGCUCGUUGGCGCUAUGUCGAAUGGCAGCCCAACACAUCUGGUGCUUCUUAGUGCAAUUUUUCUCACUUCCAGAUUAAAAUUGACAGCAGAAGGAUAGCUGACGGUUGUUUCCUGUUACAGGUCCGAACAUUGAAAAAUCUGUAAAAGAUCUUCAGCGAUGCACUGUUUCGCUGACAAGAUACCGCAUGAUGAUUAAAGAGGAGGUGGAUAAUUCUGUGAAGAAGAUUAAAGCCGCCUUUGCAGAACUACAUAGCUGGUAAGUAGGUGAGGGACAAGGAAGUCAGGUGAGAUCUUUCAGAAGUCCAUUCCGUUAGAGGACCAUUCCACUUGAGACCUUGGCACAUUUUAUGUUCUUUGGUUGCUGGUCUCAGAGGUAAGAAUUUCAAGGACCUAUUAACCAAGAUUUUACCCAAGCAGGUAAAUGCAGCUUAGUUAUUUUUCAUGCCACAUUGGGGAAAAGACAGCUCUGUCAAUAUAAGUUUUGUUCUUGUUAUUUCUGAAAUGUUUUCCUGUAGCACAGCAACAACAAAACAAAUUUGGGAUCCCAUCCAAACCUGUACCAAAGUUUUGCAACAAAGCAGAUGUACAAUGCAAAAUUUUGGCGCAGAUUUGGAGUUGGCCCCAGAUUAUGGGGUUCAUAGUUAAUGAAGCCGUGAAAAGCAUUUGGGGAGAUAAACCACAUAUGGGGGUGGGGAGAUGAUUCUGCCCUCUUUUCCCCUUUUGCUGCCAAAAUCAGAUCGCACCCAUUCUUUCUAUGUAACUAGGACAGUUCUGUUUUAUAAACCUGUAACUUCGACUGUCCUGUCUAACCUGAUGUACAAAUAAUUUUUCUUCUGAACCUUACCCCUUGCCAUUGUGCAGAGGCGAAACUAGUCUUUAUUUCACCCGGGUCAAAGAUCCAGUUUGGCACCACCACCACCCCACAUUUGCAUACAAACACACACAGACUGGGAGCCUCAUUGGCACCCCAAUGGAGGUUUCCCCCAGGGCAAAAAACCUGGCUAUCCCCCCACCCCACGUAGCUACAGUACUGCAUUGUGGGUGCUGGGCCAAUUUCAUCACUAGAAUAAAAGAGAUUAUAAUUAAUAAUUUCUUGCUUGCAUUUCACCAACAGGUCACAGGGUGGGUAAUAAUAUCCCAAGUUUCACAAGUAUUUUGAGGCUGAAACUACACCUGACACACAUGCUUGCGUAAUUUGUAUCAUAGGUAAAGGUAAAGGGACCCCUGACCAUUAGGUCCAGUCGUGGCCGACUCUGGGAUUGCGGCGCUCAUCUCGCUUUAUUGGCCGAGGGAGCCGGCGUACAGCUUCCGGGUCAUGUGGCCAGCAUGACUAAGCUGCUUCUGGCGAACCAGAGCAGCACAUGGAAAUGCCGUUUACCUUCCCGCCGGAGGGAUACCUAUUUAUCUACUUGCACUUUAACGUGCUUUCAAACUGCUAGGUUGGCAGGAGCAGGGACCGAGCAACAGGAGCUCACCCUGUCGCGGGGAAUUCAAACCGCCAACCUUCUGAUCGGCAAGUCCUAGGCUCUGUGGUUUAAUCCACAGCGCCACCCACGUCCCUAUUUGUAUCAUACCUGACUUUUAAUUUCGUUUAUCCAUUAUUUCAACUUGUUCAAUUGCUUUCAGUUUUAUUUAUUUUUGUAUAAAACAACUAGCAAAUGUGAAUAAUGAUGAUGAUGCUUCUCUUGAGAGUGAUCAAGUGCAGUUGGAGGGGGGGCUGCAGGGUUUUUUUUAGCAAAGCAAUACGUACAGAGAAUGGGAGCUGCUGAACCCUUUCUCACUCCAGCCAUUUUUACAAGGUUGCAGACUCCCGCAGCUGCUUUUGAUUAUAGAAAUGUUCCAGGCGAAGAAACACACACACAGAAUGGCCUGCUAUCUACUUUCAUCUUUAGCAACCGAGGGCACAAGGCCAAUGAUAGCAGCUCCAACAGGAAGUCUUCUAUCUAUGUCUGACUUUCUAAUUCUCACCAUGCUUCUGAUAGGAAGACACUGAUUCUGAAUGAGCAGAUUCCCACUGCUGCCUCCCUCCUCUUCCCUGCUCCAAAUAGUCACCUAAUCAACAAACGAUGCUCUUCCUGUCCUUUUAGCAUACAGUACAUGUGUAGAACAGUUGGGUGGCAUGUACUGCAGUAAUAAAACAAAAGAUAGGUAAAGGUAAAGGGACCCCUGACCAUUAGGUCCAGUCGUGACUGACUCUGGGGUUGCGGCGCUCAUCUCGCUUUAUUGGCCGAGGGAGCCGGCGUACAGCUUCUGGGUCAUGUGGCCAGCAUGACUAAGCCGCUUCUGGCGAACCAGAGCAGCACACAGAAACAUCAUUUACCUUCCCGCUGGAGUGGUACCUAUUUAUCUACUUGCACUUUGACGUGCUUUUGAACUGCUAGGUUGGCAGGAGCAGGGACUGAGCAACGGGAGCUCACCCCGUCAGAGGGAUACGAACCACCGACCUUCUGAUCGGCAAGCCCUCGGCUCUGUGUUUUAGACCACAGCGCCACCCGCGUCCCUUAAAAAUAGGGAGGACUUAUUUCCUAGCUUUAAAGGAGCCAGAUAUAAUUUUUUAAAAGAGAGAGAGAGAAAAUGUUGUCUAAAUAUAAAAGCAUGCCAGGAUGGGAUAUGCACAUGUGUGUAUACACACACACAUAUUUGCAUGCAGUAGAGUUUUCGCCGCACCUGCAAAACGGAAGCUGUCCCUCUGCUGUCACUGGAUGAUUGCAUACAGAUGUGAUGCAGCUGUUUGCUCUGCUGACUAGUAGGCCCCUCAGCGACUCGGUCAGAAGGACCAAGUGCAUUGUGUUUAGCAGUGAAAAGCCUCUUUGUAGCAUGGUCUGUGUAGCACAGCAGGGCUGCAGUGGGAAGAAGACAUCACACCUGUGGGGAGAGCAGGGGAUCCAAGAGAUCCAUUGCAUGAUCUGGAGUGGUCCCAUUGGACACAGCAGGGCUUAGUUUCUGAGUUAAGUGUGCACUCGCAUGAGUGCAUCAGCACAGCCCUGAUCUCACCUGCCCAGUACCUUUCAGGUAAGCCGCAGCAACACAGGAAUCAGGAAGACAGUUCUGCCCCAAAUUACUGCUUUGCUACCAAUGAAAAGUAAACAUCUGUUCCUAGGACCAUUUGGUCUGUCGUUUGCCACCGUUGCAAAGCAAACUGUGGGAAAGAAAUUACCGUAUUUUUCGCUCUAUAAGACGCACCAGACCACAAGACGCACCUAGUUUUUGGAGGAGGAAAACGAGAAAAAAAAUAUUCUGAAUCUCAGAAGCCAGAACUACAAGAGGGAUCGCUGCGCAGUGAAAGCAGCAAUCCCUCUUGCUGUUCUGGCUUCUGAGAUAGCUGUACAGCCUGCAUUUGCUCCAUAAGAUGCACACACAUUUCCCCUUACUUUUUAGGAGGGAAAAAAUGAGUGUUAUAGAGCAAAAAAUACGGUACCUAGAUGUCAUUGUGUUAUGUGCGGAGCUGACCAGAGAAACAGCUCGCCUCCUUUUGCCUCUCAAACGUUUCCAUGCACCAAAUGGCUUAGGCCAAGCAUUAAGUUCAGUGUAUUUAAAUAUUUGGAAAUGUGCAGAUAGUACUUUCAGAGCUUCACCAGAUGCUUUCAAGAAAUUGGUUCCAGAGUAACACUGCGGGUGCGGGAGGGAGGCAGAGAGAGGAGUAAUUCCAGACGCUAUUAUCAAUCCUAAGAAAACUUAUAUAGAAUGAAUCCACGAGCAAUAAAAAGCAGGAAGUGUGUGGAAAGCCAAAGUCAGCACUGAUAGAAUUCUUUUACUUACAUACAAGAGGCGAGGGGUGUGGUUUUAGCUGUAUAAACACAGAACAGUUUAGUUCUGCUGGGUAAGGAAAAUAGGGUGGCUAAUAUUUGCUCUCAGUCCAACAUUGUGUUCAGGCUCUGUCUAUAUUUAUACAACAUAGUGUCAGAGCGAAGACUAACUGGGCCAUCCACAAACUUUGCAACAAACAAACAUACAAGGGAAAUUCUUCAAUCCUGAUUGGGCCUCUUGAGACAAUUCCUGCUGUUUCUGAUAGGGCAGAGGUCUGCAGUUGAGAAGUCAGGUCUGUAAGAAACUAAUUUUGAGUUCAAGUCACUUCUAGAGCACACAGCUGCAAUCUUUGCUACCUCACACCCCACCCUCUGCUUCUAGGUAAAAGGUAAAGGGACCCCUGACCAUUAGGUCCAGUCGCGGAUGACUCUGGGGUUGCGGCGCUCAUGUCACUUUAUUGGCCAAGGGAGCCGGCGUACAGCUUCCUGGUCAUGUGGCCAGCAUGACUAAGCUGCUUCUGGCGAACCAGAGCAGUUCACGGAAACGCCAUUUACCUUCCCACCGGAGUGAGAUGCCACUUGACAAUUAACUAAUCUUGUUCCCUAAAAAAUAUUUCCAGUUCUAAGCAUUCAUCUAAACAUAAACAAUUAUUUUUAUUAGUGCUUCACUUUUCUACACUCCAUGCAAAUGCAGCAGUUGUUGCAGCAGCAGUGAAAAGAUCCUUUGGCCUUAACCUGCAAAUUUACAUGUGGGGUGUGGGCCUUUUGUUGAUGUUUUUAUCAGCAUUUCUGGAAGUCCCUCCCCCCCAAGUACUACAUAAUCACUAUGGCGUGGUGAUGCUGAUGUUCCAAAGAUUAUCUGUGCAAGUGGAUAGGCUCCUUCCUUUCCACCCUCAUUUCAGUUUGUUUUCAUUUGUGUGGGUGCAGAAGCCAGCAGAACUCUAGAAUGCAGAAUUCCCACUAAUAAAAUUUCUCACUUGAUGGGGUAUUUGAAGCAGCAAUGAAACCAUUUAUGUUGUUUACUCUAAAGCCCUUCAAGGCAGCCAACUUCCAAUAACACUGUGAGCCAAGUUCUCCGUAUGGGGAGGAAGGGAGAGACAUUUUUUUGGCCUUUUGGAAACAGCAGGAAGCCAGCCCAAAUUAGCAAUCGCCACACAAAACCUGGAUCUUCUCUGAGAUGAUUUCAUGCUAUCUUUAGAGACCCAAACAUGCAUUAGCUGCUUAAUUUGCCAUGGGCAAGCACUCAACAUACACUUCAGAUUUCACAGUGCUGUCUCUUACUUCAAAGGACCAUGUAACUUUGCUUGUGAGAAGUAGUAAAUCAGGGCAAAGGCAGAGACACAUAUCUAAAGAGAAUUCACAGCAGAUUUUUCCUGACAUUGCAAUGCGUGUGACAGACAGACAUAUCACGGAUUCCGUCAUCAGUCCUGCCCCUUCUCAUUAUUUCCCUUUUCCUUCUGCCCUAAUUUUUGCCCCCAGUUGUGCCACAUGGACCUCUAUCUGCUGAUAUGUUCAUCCUUUAUCUUUUUAAUAAAUAAAUAAACAGCAGCAUUUAAACACUGUUGCAGAACUUCUCUGGAGACUGAGCAUUUAGGCGAUUUCAUGGGUGCCAACAGGUCAGCGCUACUCACGGCAAGCCCACGCUGCAAACUUGCAAAAUCAUCCGCCUCGCCAGCAAACAUUCCCACCCCACACCCCAAAUCCAACAACCAGUUUGAUGCUGGGGAGAAAGUUCAGAUUGACUUUGUUAAGUUGUGGGUGAACAUAGCAGAUGACACAGCAAUUCUUCAAACAGCUUUUGUUUAUUCACAGGCCAGAACAGAACUGAACUGAAGGGUUCAGCCAGCCUGCUUAUAUAGAGCUCCACUAGAACGCAACAGUAACCACUUUCUGUAACUAUCCAAUCACUGAACGUCACUUUCAAUCCCUUAUUUGCAUAUGUGGACCUGAGUGAAAACUAUCUACAGUAUCCCCCUGCUGGCCCAGGGUGAGAACUUCAGUACAUAACAGAUUUGGUGAAAGUGCUUCCAAACUUUACCCACUACUGAACACCGGUAUUAUUUUACCCCACAAAUAUGUGAGAAUAGUUAUUGGUCACUGUAAAAGCCUUGUGGUUGUUGGUUGUUGUUCUUGGCAUCCGUCUGUCUCAAGAGACAGUGGAGUGUGCCUCCAGGGGUGAAGUCAAACCGCUGCAUUAACAGCAUCGAAGUGAUCACCUCCAGGGGCACAAGCCUGAACAGUGUGUUUGGAGGUCCUGGGCUAACCAGACAACAAGACCUCCCUCUUGGCCUCACUGAUGUGGCCCAAGGGAAAGCAGAGCAAUAUGUUUGGCACCAGCUUGGCUUCAGGAGUUGCCAGAAGGAGGCUACAAGGUGCCAUCUAUCCAUCUUAGAGACUGCACUCCGGAUUUGUGUAGAAUUUACUCCUUAGCCUCCUCUUCUCCCGAAGAUAUCCUGCACAGCAGUGGAGGGAGGAGACUGACUGAUUAAGAAAUGUGCUUUCUCUUGAGUAGGGAGGGACCACUGAUUCAGCCCAUCUUGUUAAGUUGUGGGUGGACAUAUCAGACGACACAGCGAUUCUUCAAACAGCUCUUGUUUAUUCACAGGCCAGAACAGAACUGAACUGAAGGGUUCAGCUAGCCUGCUUAUAUAGAGCUCCACUAGAACGCAACAGUAACCAUUUUCUGUAACUAUCUUUUUUUUAAAAAAUGAUAUUUAUGAAAGUUUCAAAAGAUACAAGAAAUACAGAAUACAGAAAAAAGAAUAAAGUUUUUAAAAUAUAACAAAAAAGUAAAAAAUAAAAAGAAACAUACAAAAUAAAACAGUUAAAAAGACAUUAAUUUUCCACAACCUAUCUUCCCUACACUUAUUUCCCUGGACCUCCUCGUACCUCCCUUUUUUGUAUUCCAGUUCAGUUUGUUAGUUCAGCAAAUCCUUACCAUUAAGCUUUUACCCAAUUGUAAACCUUUUUUCAUAUCUCUUAAAGCAUUACAGCUAAAAACCUCUUAGUUUCUAUCCAACAUCCUUCUAGGAUUCUUUAAUUUUACAAUAUUUCUGUAAAUAGUCUUUAAAUUUCUUCCAGUCUUCUUUCACCGACUCUUCUCCCUGGUCUCGGAUUCUGCCAGUCAUUUCUGCCAAUUCCAUGUAGUCAAUCAUUUUCUGUAACUAUCCAAUCACUGAACGUCACUUUCAAUCCCUUAUUUGCAUAUGUGGACCUGAGUGAAAACUAUCUACAGUAUCCCCCUGCUGGCCCAGGGUGAGAACCUCAGUACAUAACACAUCUGAUCCCCGGUUCCCUGUAAACACAUACCAAACCCCAAGAGCUGCUAUCUGAGCCCAGGCUGGUCUCCCCUGGCUCCACAUGAGCAAACAUACCCCACCACGACACAUGAUGUUAACACUGUAUUGCACUGUACCGCAUUGUUCCUGUUAUAAGAAAAAACUGCUCCUUCUUAUAAUAGUUCCCUAAAAUCCCCUACACUCUCUCUCAAGCUGAAGAGCUAGGAGAAAUUGCCACUGAGUUCCAAGUCAAACCCUUUAAAAAUAUAUUAAAUAGGAAUUGGGGAGUGGAGGGAGGGAGGGAGAGAGAGACAAUAGCUGCCCAGUAUUGUAAUGGUUUUGCAGUAAUAUCUCAUACCACGCAGGAGGAAGAUGGGGGUGUUUGUAACUGGGUCACUGGGAUCCGUCAUGGGCAAGUAACAUGGGGGGGGGGUGCUUGGCGCUGCCCCAGCUGCCAGACCUCUUCAUUUUUACAGAUGUUCCUUCCUGAUACUGGACCAACAUUCUGACCAGCAGCACUUAGAGAACUUAUGCAUAGGGCGCCAUCUGCUGGAGAUUGCAUCUCAGCUGCGCCCAAAGCCGAAUCGCUAAAUCAAAUCCAGACCACAAAAAACGAUUUUCCCAAUAGGUGCAGGAAAUAAUAUGCACUAAUGCUAAUUUGAGUCAUGCUUGCAGAACCGGGGGGGGGGGGGGUAGGCAGCAAAAUAGCAGCACCCACACAGAAGGGAGAGGUAUUGGCAGGCUCUGUGUAACCCCAAGUUUUGCAGAUUCUCAAAAAAGCAAAGGGGUGUGGGAAUAGAACAGCAUUGCUGAAAUAGAAGGACAGAAGCAAACGCGUAUGCAGGGUAGAAUGAACUGCCUUACUGUCUGGAUAGGCCGCUCUAUAUUGCACAUUCCACGUUGGGGUUGUAGAGCCCCAUGAGUAGAAAUGUUCUUCAACUACCAAGACAUGAAAGCACUGCAGGAGCUCAAAUCUGUUGCUCCUUUACAAGAGAAGACUUCUAAGAUUCUGCCCAGGAGGAACAUCUUUUGUCAAAAUGCCUUGGGGGCUGCGCUAUGUUUAAUGAGACUGUUUCCUACACCUAUUCGGAACACCUCCUUUUGUGAUGUGCCCUUUUGUGACAUUUUUUGUUGUUGUUGUUUAGUCAUUUAGUCAUGUCCGACUCUUCGUGACCCCAUGGACCAGAGCAUGCCAGGCACUUCUGUCUUUCACUGCCUCCCGCAGUUUGGUCAAACUCAUGCUGGUAGCUUCGAGAACACUGUCCAGCCAUCUCGUCCUCUGUCAUCCCCUUCUCCUUGUGCCCUCCAUCUUUCCCAACAUCAGGGUCUUUUCCAGGGAGUCUUCUCUUCUCAUGAGGUGGCCAAAGUAUUGGAGCCUCAGCUUCAGGAUCUGUCCUUCCAGUGAGCACUCAGGGCUGAUUUUCUUAAGAAUGGACAGGUUUGUUCUUCUUGCAGUCCAUGGGACUCUCAAGAGUCUCCUCCAGCACCAUAAUUCAAAAGCAUCAAUUCUUUGGCAAUCAGCCUUCUUUAUGGUCCAGCUCUCACUUCCAUACAUCACUACUGGGAAAACCAUAGCUUUUACUAUACGGACCUUUGUUGGCAAGGCGAUGUCUCUACUUUUUAAGAUGCUGUCAAGGUUUGUCAUUUUAGGCAUUCUUAAAAUAUUUAUUAGGGGAAGGAGCUGGUUAAAAUGGACAGGUAAAGAUAAAGGACCCCUGGGUUGUUAAGUCCAGUCAAAGAUGACUAUGUUUAUGAUGAUUUAUAUCCCUCCUUUAGAUGGAAUGAUUCUCAGGGUUUAAUGCAGAAACACACACACACCAGGCCGUAUCAGUAUCCCCUCCCUCUGAGCUAACCACACAUUGGUUACAGCAGCCAUAGCAGCAAAAUAUAACCAGUCCUGGCAUGAUGUGACUGUAGCUUGUUUUGUAAGGCUGCAGUCCUGGGCACACUUUCCUGUGUGUUCAGUGAUGCUUGCUUCUGAGUUGAUAUAUGUAGGACUUGCAUGGGAAACCUGGGGCAAAAUACCAUCACCACUAGCCAAAUUGUGGCAUUUGUAAUCACUGCGUUCUGUUGGUAACAGCCAAGUAAUUCUCUUAAGAUAAAUUGCACAGGCUUGAAUUUAAUAAAGUAGCGACAUAUGAUGAAUUACUAUCACGGCACUCAGAAAUUUGCCCAUGCUUUAUAUCUUCCCAGAAAUUGCUUAUAAUAUAUGCCCAAACUGCCAAGGUACUGUCCGUAUGUCCUUCGAAAGAAUAUAAUUAUUUUAAAUCUCAUGUUUUUAAUUUUCAGCAUCAUAGACAAAGAAGUCUCUUUAAUGGCAGAAGUUGACAAAGUUAAAGAGGAAGCCAGUAAGUAAAGAUGAAAGUAAAUGGGAAUAUUGUAUGCUUUGAAACAAUUGGGAAGGGGUGUUUAUAGCUGCUUUUGCAGAAAUAAAAACAAUCAUUCAUCUGUUCAGAAGCGGCAUUGUGUGUUUCACCACAUAAAGUUUUUGGAUUGCAGGUAGAAUUGCACCUAGGUUUUGUGCCAGAUGUUCUGGCCUGAAAUUGCACUUUUAAGAGUAAUGAGGGUUGCUGUGCCUUCAACAAUAAGGCUACACAUGGUUUUUGGAUUGAGAGUAAGGUUUGAAAUGUUAACCACCCCCCUCUCCAAAAAAGCAAGUUUCUAACUAUGAAAGUAGGCUUUAAUGGAAUUGGGUGAAUUCUUACAAGCCAAAGGCAUGGGCAGGGAGGGCAGGGGUCACAGUGGGAUUUGUAGUGUUCAGCGCCAGGGUUGUCUUGCACACCUCUUUGCGUAAGAUUGCACCCAGUCUCACACAAGUGGAUUUGGGCAACCUUGCUCACACCACAUCUCAGGUUUUUCCUGAGAGUGUUGUUGCCUCCAGGAGAGCUUUUUCAAGAACUGCCAGGUGCUGCAGGUGCCACAAGGAAAGCAAGUGGCCGAGAAGUGGGCACUCCCACCAGCCUGUCAAAGUUGGCCUGUGAAGGGUGCAGAGAUUGUGGAUCUGGCCUGCAGGCAAGGUACAAUUCCUGUUCUGACAUUAAACGCACGUUAAACUUUUGUUGGCAUCACCUUCUUGUUUGGCAGUGGAAAUCUUAACCGCUCGUCAGAAAAAAGCUGAAGAAUUGAAGAGGUUAACAGAUUUGGCUAGCCAAAUGGCAGAGUCUCAGUUGGCUGAACUGAGGGCUGAAAUUAAGGUUAGUCUGUGUGGCCAUUUCUUUUGAGGUUGUCCGUGCCUCCUUUCCUGUAGCGUACGAACCAGACACACAAUAAUUCAUUCCUCAAAUACAGGGUUGGGGUUUUUUUCAAAACAAAGUGCAGAUCUGACUUCCUAGGUAGGCCAUAGAAUCAUAGACUUCCCAAGAGUCAAGUCCAACCCCCUGCAAUGCAGGGAACUCAUCUAAAGCAUCCAUGAAUUUCACUUAAUGUCAUGAAAUUAAAAGGUUGGUCUCUAUUGAACCCAGAGACAGUAAAAGCAAGAUUUAAACUCUUCCUUCUGGUCUUUUGCCCUUAGAGAAAUAUUCCCUGAACCAUGCAUGUACUGCAGUAACUCUGCUGCAGUUCUUAACAUUUUGUUUCAUUCCCUACCUCGAUUAUGCCUCUGUCCCCAAUUAUGUAUCUGUCCCCAAUUAUGCAUCUGUGCUGCUGUUUAGGUAACGGUAAAGGGACCCCUGACCAUUAGGUCCAGUCGUGACCAACUCUGGGGUUGCAGCGCUCAUCUCGCUUUACUGGCCAAGGGAGCUGGCGUACAGCUUCUGGGUCAUGUGGCCAGCAUAACUAAGCCACUUCUGGCGAAUCAGAGCAGCGCACGGAAACGCCGUUUACCUUCCCGCCGGAGCGGUACCUAUUUAUCUACUUGCACUUUGACGUGCUUUCGAACUGCUAGGUUGGCAGGAGCAGGGACCGAGCAAUGGGAGCUCACCCUGUCGCGGGGUUUCAAACCGCCGACCUUCUGAUCGGCAAGUCCUAGGCUCUGUGGUUUAACCCACAGCGCCACCCGCGUCCCUAUGCUGCUGUUUACAGAUUACCUAUUGGAGUUAGCAUUGUUAUUAUUCUGGCUAUUGAAAUGUAUGUGGAUGUGGAUAUGGAUAUAGAUAUAGAGAGAUGCACACAUUUUGAUGUGUGUAUGAGCAUGGAGUGCUAAUCAAAACAAGGCAUGUAGGGUGGGAUUGCAUGACCAUCACAGACAUUGGACAUUGCUUGUGAAUACAUUAGCGUUGAGCAACAACAAAAAACGCCAUUCAUAGUUUCCCUCCCAGUGUUGCGAAAGUUUUGGAUAUUCUUUUGAGGUUUGUGCUCAACCUCCUCUGCGCUAGAGCACAGGAUCAUCCUUCAAUCAAUGCCGGAUUUACGUAUAAGCUAAACAAGCUAUAGCUUAGGGCCCCACUCUCUUGGGGGCCCCAAAAAUAUUUAAAGGAGAAAAAACCUGAAUGUACAUUUCCAAAAUAUAAGAUAAAAAACAAAUAAAAUAAAACCUACAUACAGCAACAGUGUUUUGUGUUGUGUAGGCUCCUAUGAUGUAAGUAAUGGGCCGCGCCUGCUCACCUGCUCCCUAAAAUAUCACAUAUAAAGGGCCCCAUUACCUUCAGUAGCUUAGGGCCUCAUCAAACCUAAAUCCGGCCCUGCCUUCAAUCCACUUUUUUUCUUUUAACAACUGAAAAGCAUUUCCCAGGUCAUGAGAUGGAAGGGUGUUCGUCUUUUCGUGACGCAUCCAUAGGUGUGGGGACAUUUCACAAAACCUAAAAUGUACCCCGACGCUUUAAGACUAGAGUGUGCUGCUCUCCAAAAGGCUUGAGAUUCAGCAAAUGAGGCUUUAAAAUUAUUUUGUAUUGGGCAGGCUUCUUUCACAUCUCCUUUAUUACCUGGUGCAGUUUAUAACUUAAGUCAUCCCUCCCCCUACCUUGCAGCACUUUGUAAGCGAACGUAAAUAUGAUGAAGAAUUGGGAAGAUCUGCCCGCUUUUCCUGUGACAUAGAACAGCUGAAGACUGAGAUUCUGCAGUGCGGAGAGCGUAAGUCAUGGUGCCUCUGACAAAGCCUUGUGUAGAUUGUUGAUUCCCUUGUACAGCUUGUACCUUUCUGACUGCAUUUCUUCUUGGGAAGCUAGGUGGGCAAAGUAUUGUGUGCACUAUAAUCUUUUCCUCAUUCAACUAUCCCACCUUUGAGCAAAAUAGGCAUUCACAAGCUUCUGCCUUGAUGGCUGGUCACUUGGCAAGGUAGAAAAUGACCAGAUGAACUGCUUCUAAAACGGAUUGGAUAAUUUGAAAAUAGGAUUGAAGGAAUCCAGCUGUUCUUUUAUUCUGUGCAGUGUACCUAUUACAGAGGCUGGUAAACAGCAUGCCUAAAUAACCCAAAAGAAUAUGAACUUGUAUUUAAGUCCAAAUGAAACUGAACAGAGGAAUAUAUGGUAAAAAUUAAGUCUGAGGGCCAGCAGAUGUCACUCACUACUGUUUUCCUGAAAUAAAUUCCCUAAAUUGAUUGAGAUCUGACUUACUUGGCUUAUAUUUAAGAAACAAAACAUUUAAAAGUGGGCCAUGAUAAUAUCUGUGCUGAAGUAUCCAAUUGGAAUUGAUAAAGCACAGUUAAUAUGGUUUUAAGUGUUGUAUUUAAACAUAUCCAAAACUUUACUCGGAAUAUUAUUUUUAUUAUCUUUGAUGACUGUUGGUUGCCAAAUCACAGCACACAGCAACAAAAAACAGACUCCUUUCUGCCCUCAGUUAAACUGUUGCCAUUUUGGAACCAAAAGCUCUCUUUUGUGAUUGUGAGUGUUGGGCAUUUUUCUUUCUUGUAGUUUCUCACCCAAAGAACAAUUACUCCUCAAGAACACCAUCCGGCCCACUGCUGCAGUCAACAUCUUUGCGCACAGCAACCACCAUACCAAGCACAUACAUCCAAAAAUCUUCAAAUCGAAUUCGUGCCAAGACUCCUGAUGGCAAAGCAGCAACACCUAAAGUCUCCAGCCAAGUUAGCACAAACACCACAGAUUCCUCUCCUCAGACCAUUUCAACAAACAAACAGGUAAGGUACAGAAAAUAAUAGUGGCUUUCAAUCCCUACCAAUAUCUCGUAUCUUGAUUUUGUUUUAAGAAAAGACCAAAGCGUUUCUCAAAGUUUGUAAUUUAUUAUCCACUGCCCUUAGCUUUCCUGGAAUCAGAAACUCAGUAAUAUCAAGCUAUCUCCUACUUUCACAUUAUCAGUCCUGCACUGGGCAGAAACAGGUAUUGGUAAAACCUAUUUGGUGUUUCGCAACUUUCUGACUAGUUGCAGGACCUUAGCCAGACCUAGCAGAGUACAUGCAGAAUCCACAGAAGCAAUUGGCAACUUGGCUGCAGACAGGAUAGACGAAGCAGGAACCAGGAACUUGUAGUUAGGUGUUUAUUAUAUACAGUGGACUAUUUACAGGAACAGAACACGGAUCUUAUGCUAGCUCUCUCUGACACGACUCACAACUCCUAUACUGACACAGAACUCUGAACUCACGAACUCCAAACUCUGAACUACCAGUUAGUAGGCCAUUACUUAUCACUCCUUUGAGAGAGCUUGACCAAUCAGGGAGCUGUCGCCAUGUCUCUAUUAUCACCAGGCAGACUAACUCCUUCACAUUGCCUUCUGGCUGUCUGCCAGACCUUAAUUGACUCUGUGUGAGUAGCUGCACGUACACAGUUUCUCAACAACAGGGAUGUGGGUGGCGUUGUGGUCUAAACCACUGAGUCUCUUGGGCUUGCUGAUCAGAAGGUCAGUGGUUCGAAUCCCUGCAUUUCCGUGCCCUCUGGUUUCCAUCAUGGUGUUCUGUUGUGCCAGAAGCAGUUUAGUCAUGCUGGCCACAUGACCUGGAAGCUGUCCGUGGACAAAUGCUGGCUCCCUUGGCCUGAAAGUGAGAUGAGCACUGCAACCCCAUUGUCGCCUUUGACUGGACUUAACCAUCCAGGGGUCCUUUACCUUUUUUAUUUUUACCUUACCUAGAAACACUCUCCUGUUCCUGCAGCACAACACCGACUAGAAUUAAUUUGAUUUCGUUUUGCAAAUUGUUGUUGUUUAGUCGUGUCCGACUCUUCGUGACCCCAUGGACCAGAGCACGCCAGGCACUCCUGUCUUCCACUGCCUCCCGCACUUUGGUCAAACUCAUGCUGGUAGCUUCGAGAACACUGUCCAUCCAUCUCAUCCUCUGUCAUCCCCUUCUCCUUGUGCCCUCCGUCUUUCUCAACAUCAGGGUCUUUUCCAGGGAGUCUUCUCUUCUCAUGAGGUGGCCAAAGUAUUGGAGCCUCAGCUUCAGGAUCUGUCCUUCCAGUGAGCAUUCAGGGCUGAUUUCCUGAAGAAUGGAUCGGUUCAAUCUUCUUGCAGUCCAUGCGACUCUCAAGAGUCUCCUCCAGCACCAUAAUUCAAAAGCAUCAAUUCUUCGGCGAUCAGCCUUCUUUAUGGUCCAGCUCUCACUUCCAUACAUCACUACUGGGAAAACCAUAGCUUUAACUAUACGGACCUUUGUUGGCAAGGUGAUGUCUCUGCUUUUUAAGAUUGCAAAUUGUACUCUUGAUUAUUUCAGAGAAAGGACCUUGUAAUGUUGUUGUUGUCAUUGCUGUUGUUGUUCCACGGUCAAAAGUACCUGGGAAGAUAUGGUUCAUGGUGAAUAGGAAAGCACUAACCAAACACUUUGGAGAAGGCAUGGCAGCUCUUUAUCCCUUUCAACAUGGUCUAGUAGUCAGCUCAACAAAUAGGUCCUCCAGAAAAUUAUAAGCACACUAUAAGCACACAAUGAAGAGGCUUUCACACUAAUUCUCAGGCCUCCUUAGGAACUCCUUAUUCCCUUCUUGCCACAACUCACCAACUGAAUCUCAGGCAUCCCUCCUUCUUGGUUCUGCCAGUAACAUUCCUGUCCUCUCUGAGUGUCUCCUGCAGUGUCUCCUUUGUUGUUCUCCAAUCUCCUCUUUGUUUUGAUGCGGAGGCAGCGAGAAAGCGUCAGACACCCAAACGCCACAGUGCUCUUCUUCCAGCCUGCCCAUGUUUAAUUGCACACAGGCCACAGUGGCCAGCAAUGGUCUUGAUCCCAAACUUUAUGUUUAAUAAGUAUGCGUGGAGGUGUAAUAAUAUUAUUAAUAAUAAUAAUUUAUUAUUUAUACCCUGCCCAUCUGGUUGAAUAUUAAAAAAUAUUAAAAACACGAUAAAAGAUCAGACAUAAAAAACUUCCCUAAACCGGGCUGCCUUCAGAUGUCUUCUAAAAGUCAGAUAGUUGUUUAUUUCCUUGACAUCUGAUGGGAGGGCGUUCCACAGGGCUGGCGCCACUACCGAGAAGGCCCUCUGCCUGCUUCCCUGUAACCUCAGUUCUCACAGGGAGGGAACCGCCAGAAGGCCCUUGGAGCUGGCUCUCUGUGUCCGGGCUGAACGAUGGGGUUGGAGAUGCUCCUUCAGGUAUACAGGUAUAAUGAGAAUGAUUCUAUUCAGCUUUCACCAAAAAUGGCCACAGGAAAGAUGCAAUCACAUCCACUGGCAGAGACGUUUUUAAAAAGCGCAACUGGUGUGUCCGUGCUGCAGGGGGUGCCACAACAUUGCUGUAGAAUGGAGCACAAGGAGGAGGGGGAACCGCACGCCAUAUUUUAGCAUUGCACAGGGCAUCGCUGGAGCUUGAGAGCCCAAAAUCCACCAUUGCCAUAACCCUUCCUUUUGUUCCUUGACAGAAUGCAGCUUCUAGCCACAGGCGGAGAUUUCACACGCAGUAUCAUGGAAUUCGGCUCAAUGGACCGCUUAAGUCUCCAAGUGCCAUUAACGAGUCAGAUCAGGACAGCACGAAAGGCAGCUCCCGACAGGAAUACAGAAGACAGCACCAUAAUAGUUUCCGGUCAAAAAACAAAGGCACUUUUAAAACCCAAGAUCAUUCUGCAGCAGCAAAAAGCAUGGAAACUCUAACAUAUCCAGAGAAAACAAGACGAAAGCAUCCUGUGCCAGGCCCCACAGAGCCCAAGCCUUUAUGCAGCAAUAUUACAAGGGUUUCCCAGUGCAACUUACGUCCUGCAAGAAUAGAAACCUCCACAGAGGCCCCUGUCCUUUCAGUGCCAGCUGUGACACUGGUGGCAUGAGGACUGGAAAGACAGACGACUAGCAAAUGUAAUGCAUUUUCAUAUUUAUGUUUCUCACUAAAGGUGCUUUCUUUUUAUUCCAAAUACUAUACACACACAAAAAAAAGCUUGUGUAGAAUACUACAAUUGUGGUAAACCAAACUUACUGGGGGUUUUCUAAACCACAGUAAUCUGCCAUACAGUGGUGCCUCGCAAGACGAAAAGAAUCCGUUCCGCGAGUCUCUUCGUAUUGCGGGUUUUUUCGUCUUGCGAAGCAAGCCCAUUAGCGGAUUAGCGCUACAGUAUUAGCGGCUUAGCGGAUCAGCUGAUAAGCGGCUUAGCGUUCAGCUGUUAAGCGGCUUAACGAUCAGCUGAUAAGCGGCUUAGCGAUCAGCUGUUAAGCGGCUUAGCCGAUCAGCUGAUAAGCGGUUUAGCGGCUUGGGGAAAAGGGGGGGGAGGAAAAAAACCCCGCAGGAACUCGCAAGACAUUUUCGUCUUGCAAAGCAAGCACAUAGGAAAUUCGUUUUGCGAAGCACCUCCAAAACGGAAAACCCUUUCGUCUAGCGGGAUAUCCGUCUUGCGAGGCAUUCGUCUUGCGGGGCACCACUGUAUCUCAUUUCAUACUAUAAAGGCUUUGCUCAAUAUACUCGAUAUUGUUUUUUCUCAUAACAAUGCAGCUUUUAGCUAGCCAGUGCCUAGUAAAACAAUGAAAUUGUUGUUAAAAAUAAAUGGCAGGAGGAUGUCAAUAUAGAUAAUGUGUUUGUUACUGUCCAAAAGGUUGGUAUUAGGGUAAUCCUGGCAUUCCUAUUGUUGGUCUGCAAACAAGAUACUUGUGUUCAUAUAAAAUUGGUCUUAACUAUUUCCAUUUUAUAUGGACCCCAAAUUGUUUGUGCAGAACGAACCUCAUGGUUCAGUUUGAUGUAACUGAGUUUUUAUAGCCCGAAUGAUUGUCAAGAUGAGUCCCAAAUACUAGCUAACAAACGGCAUAUUAAUAUUUUUCUGUGCUGUGCCACUUGUACAAGAUUGGGUAAGAUAUAAAUUUUGAACUGAAAAAGUAAGAGUAAGUUUUCCAGCUUCUUAAAUCCUUUUCAAUUAUCUUUGCAGACUAAAAAUCAGACAUGUUUCAGUCUGAGAUUCUUUUAUUUUCUUGUUCAUCGCUGUAGACAUCCCUUCCUUAUUUAAGCACUAUUGGCCACAAACCUGUACGGAGUUGAAUGCACUUGAUUUCUUUGGGUUUCAUCCUAUACAAUUGAUUGUUGAAUUAUGGCCUGUGUGUCUUGCAAAUCUGACAGGAUACCAUGUAUAUCAUAGCUGAGCACAUGCAAAAUCCCAGGCUUAUAUUUUAAAACAAGCUCACAGCUUUAAAUAGCCCAAGACUGUACUUCAGAAAAAUUAUUCCCCUUUUUAUUAAAAAAAAAACAAAACAAUUUUACAAAAUGCAGUGUUUUAUUUUGCAACAACAAACCAUCUGGAUUCUGUUGUUACCUUAUUACCUUUUCCCCAAAUCAGUCAUUCCUAAUGAUGAAAAGGAAGAUGUCAGGCUCACUGUUCGAUGACAGGGGUCCACAAAUGUUGGCCUGCAUUAGUAACCAGUUAGUUUUUGUAGCUUUCCAUGCUUCCUUCCCAAGUCAUCCUGCUUUUUACCUUUUAAAAUCCUAAUGCAAAGUGAGAUUCCUCUUCUUCCCUAAAUCCUCUUCAUUCAGCUGAGAAUAUUUUUUUUUGGGGGUGGAGCAGGGAGAGGAGGUACUGUCACUAGAAAAGGUGUUGCACUAUUCCGCACCCACCUUUGGAACAUGAGCCUCUGAAAUGAAGGCAAUUUCCGUUUUCCAUUUUUUAAGCUUCUACAUCUGCCUCCAUUUGUUGGAGUAACAUACUCACCCAAGCUUUAUCACAAUCACUGAAAAAAUAACCCAGCAACAACUUGCCAUAAAGACAGCAAGUGGUAAUGGAAGGAGACAGGGGUGGAACACUGUAGUCAUGAAGUUAAUAAUGAGCAGUCACCAAUUAGAGGAAAUUCAACAUGCUGCAGUGUUCUUCGUCGGCUAUGGCUGUAGUGGAUCCAAGCUUGCUGAGAAAUGCUCUGCCAUCAUUGGUCCAUGUGUCAAGAGACUGGAAGUACCAGUGGCGUAGCGUGGGGGGUGCAGGGGGGGCCGGCCGCAACAUCUGAGGGGGGGGGCACGCUAAUCUGGUGGAAGAGACUCAAGUGCUAAAAUCCACGGGUUAGGGGACGCAAAUUACUUGCCUUGCCCCGGGUGCUGACAACCCACGCUACGGCACUGGGAAGUACCAUGGAAGUACUGAGCGCAUGCCAUUUGACAAACUCCUGAAAAGUCUUGUCAUCAAUCAACCACUUUUAUUAGAUCUGGAAAUAAAAUCUGAGUGUUAUUCUUUUUCUGCCUUGCACGACAGGGAAUGUCUUCCUUGGUUGGGAAGCAAAUGGCCUUGCUUAGGAAGAGGAGAUCUACUGACCCUUCCAAGUUCCAAAUGAUAGUCAGGGGGUAAGUCCAAAAUGGCAAGCAGGAAAGAUUCAAUAAAGACACCCCCACAUUCCCUCCCUUUGGAGCAUCCGACAAAUUCUUAACAUUAUGUUUUCACUUAAUUUAUGACAGCUUUCCAUCUCCCCAGAUUCAUUGUUAAAAAAGUCAUGCUAUGGAUUCUAAAACAAUCAUGUGCUUGUCAUAUGAAAUUAUCAUUCGUUAUCACAUUCCACCCUACAGCUAUUUUAAUGAAAGCCAUAUGAACGGCAUCUCCUAAGGACAGUUAACAGGCUGACUAACCCAUGCUCUGUCACAUGCAAAUGAUUUUGUCAUACUGAAUUUUACAUCUGGACUCCUUGUAUUGCCAUCCUCUCAAGUGGGGGGGCAGGAUAACUCUACAGUGUUUCUCAUAUAAGAGACUAGAAAGAGAAGUCAACUUUGACUGGGUAUCCUGUGUUCUUUUUCCUUACCUAUCCAGCUCUACUGCCACCUCUAGGUAUAAACGGUAUUUUUUAAAAUGUCAUUUUAGGCUCAGAAUGCAAAUAAUCAUUAACUAAAGUCAUAUUAUAGAUUAUAUGAAAUGUAGCAGUACUUAUAAAAGUAUUAUAGCGGAAAGAACACAGCCCACCCAAUAUAUUAGCAGGCCUAAAAGUUCUUUGGGGAGGAAAGGCAAUAAAUUUAAUAAAUAAAACAAAGGACAAAGCUUUGUUCUACAACUCUUGAUUUCUUUUAGUUAAUGAUCUCUUUUAGUUAACAUAAGUUUAUCGCUUUUGUAAAGUUUUUUUUUUU